CAAUACUUAGUAUUGACGGCAAUAUCAGCCGUGUUCAGCAAUCUAGAGCAUAAAUCCGACAUCUGUGCCUUUCCAUUGAUUUAGAAAAAAUCCAUCUAAAACAUACUGCCGGCUAAAACAACCAUGUAUUUUGGAUUUUAAUUUGCAUGGAAUAAUAAGUCUGUACAUGAUUUUUUUGUAGUUUUUUGUUUUAAUCCCAAUAUUUACCUUAUUUUAUUUUCUUUCUUAACAAUUUCAGACUGCUGGUCAGAAAUUCAGAAGUCCCUUGUGAUGAUAUUUAAUUAAAUUUGUCCAUCUCUUUCAUAUGAUAUUCCCAAAAGUACAGCUAGUUUUACUUGUUAAUAUUAUUAAAUAGUUUGUAUUUUGUCAAAUAAAAAAAUAAAAAAAUUCAAACAAAAGAAAAACCAAAAUAUAUAGUUAGUAAUCAGUACCAGUUGAAAACCUCAUCAAUCGACCACAACUUCUGGUUAUUUAAUAAUUGUCUAGCAUAUGCAUAUCUAGAAAGAGCUUUAGGGGCUAGUCUGUUGAUGCAUUUAAAUACUGCUGGAUGGCACAUUAAAUUAAUACUGAAUCCUUAAUACAAAAAAGCAUACAGCUAAUCGAAGGGUUUGAUCUGUGGUUCAAACAACAGUUACAAUAGCUACAGUCAAGCAUGGUGGAGGCAGUAUCGUGGUUUGGGGAUAUAUGAGUGCUGCUGAUGUUGGUCAUUUCACUGUCUGUGAUAGUACAUUGAAAUCUACCAAGAAUUGUGGCAUUCUUGAAACCCAUGUGCUCCUUUCUGCGUGUGCACGGUUCUACUGAGGUGGUUGUUUCAGCCAGAUAAUGCCCCUUGCCACACAUCCAGGGCAGGUACAACUUGGCUGCAGGAGCACAAUUUCCAGGUCCUGGAGUGAACCCCAGUGAAAAUUUUUGGUGAAUUGUCAAAAAGUAUGUUUUUAAAGCAUAACUCAAAAAAUUUUGAAGAAUUAAUGAAAGUGAUUUAAGAAGAGUGGGACAAGGUUAGCCCUCAACAAUGUGAAAGGCACAUGGGGAACAUGCCAGCCAGGAUUAGAGCACUACUGUGGGCUGACGGCAGGACUACUAUAUAAUCAUGUGAUGAUGAACACAACCUCUGUUAUUUGUUGACUUUGAUACGGACCAUGUUGAGAACUGACUUGUGGACACUAUCAAGUUUGGGUUUUGCAUUUGUUUGUGUUUGUCUGAUGUAGCCACACCUUUUUAAGGCACAAAAAAAACGUUUCUGCAAAUAUUUCAUGAUAUUAUUUGAGAUUGAGUCAAAUUUGAAGGGUGUCGGAAAACUUCUAUAAAUGGUCUACAAAAACAAACUAGAGCAUGAGGAAGAAGACUGACAAUGUCUAGAGUUAUUUUUACUGCUUAUAAUGACUGCUUGCAUGUGGCAGAUAAAGUGAGUUUCAGUAUGCUGCAGAAAGAGCUGUAUUUCAGACAUCAAAGUUUUACUGUGAGAAUUAUGUUUGAUGGCUAAAUGGGAGCAGGACAAGCGGGUUUCUCUCAGAAAACUCAUUCACCGGACAAGAUGAGCAAAGAAAUAAAAAGUACUGCAGGGGACGCUAAAACCAGCACAAGCUAAAAGAUCCUUACAGGAGCUUUAAAGCAUAAAGAUGCUUUUGAAAGGACAGCUAAAGUACUGCAGCCAAAUUUCUCUGCAGAGGAUCACAAAAAGCUGUUGAUACUCAUCAUCAGGAUUUUAAUUCAGAAAGAAAAACUGACCGUGGGACCUGAACCUGAUACAGGGUGUACCAACAGAUAUCAGCUGUUACCGAACAAUGACAGAAAGGUAUCUAUGAGAAUGUUGAAUACAGAUCUACUCAUAACUUAUCUGUGGGUGUAAAUGAUUCUGUCAUGAGAUAACAGGCUAAUCUCUGUACCUCUGUACCUAUGUCUGUAGUUAUAUUUUUUCUUCUCUUCACAGUAAAACUCAUUUACUGUCUUUUUCUAUUGAAUCCUUUUGAUCUCUUCUGUGUCAGUGCACCUGCUCUCUUCAGAUAGCUCUUUCUCUCACUCCAUUUUCUCUCUCUCUCUCUCUCUCUCUUACAGUGCUCACUAUCAGUUUCUUUCUCUUUCUUUCACACAUAAAUACUUGCACAUUUCUGCACAUCUUUCUUUCUUUUUCUCACUCUUUGUCAUCACAGGCUAUUUAUCUUCUUCCCAUGUUGCGUGCUGCAGCCACUGGCCUCCUCUGUGUUGCCUCCUUGACCGUUUUAGUGUCACAGUUUUAGCAAAUGCUGGUUUCCCCUCCAGGAGCCAGCAAGACAGAGAAACACAAUGUGUUUUGACAUGGCCGGACUGGCCAAGUUUGACAGCAGCAUGGGGCGAAUCCAAGAGGCACUAAAUUCUUGCGGUAGCUUUUGCUAGAAAGAGGCUAUUUGAGUGAGAUAUUGUAGUGUUGUUGUGGGUGUGUGUGUGCGAGGAAAAGAGGGGGUGGAGGGUGUGGUGAGGGUAAAUCAAGACUGGGAGAAAUUGUGGACUCCAGCGAUCAGAGCGGCUCUGUGAAUAAGUGUUUGUGUGUCUCCAGGAGUUGUAAAGUUUGAUUUAAUUAUUCAUGUGGAAGCAGUAACAUUGCUUCCCAAACCAGCAAAUGAAACUUCAUCUUGCCAAGGAAACUCACACAGGUCACAGCGACCAAUUACUUAAUGAAAAUGAUCAGGUUUCUAAUGCAGGCCUGGCCAGAACUCGUUUCCAAAUAUCCUGCAGCACUUUUCGCGUGGCUAUAAAACAGAGCGUACAUCAGCUUUCUUCCCGUGGUUAGGCAAAGUGUGCCAUCGCUGCACUCUUUAGACUCAUCAAAACUUAGAAGGGCUGAACCAGCUUUAAGGAGAGGAUUAUUACUUAUUAAGAAAGGCUAAUGUAUGAUGUAAAAGUUGGCCUCCACUCCAUCCCUGUCUCCAUCCUCUUGUCUCUUUGGCUCAGCUUCAACCUUUCUCUCUUGGACUAAAACUGCAUUUUGUUGUGUGUGUGCUCAUUCUUUUAAACACUAACUUGAUAAGAUUAUAAAAGCAACAAGAUGGUUAAAGGUUUUUUUUCUCUGUAUUAUGUAUUAUUCCUAUCUACUAUGCUGGCUGCAUUAACCCAUAAGGGGACAGGGAACAAUAUCUGUAGUAAUAUUACAUGCACAAAAGUACAUGUUUUUUAUUCAAGAUGACAUAUACUGGAAAAAAAAUCAAAAAGUAAGGCAACUGCAUAAGCCUGGUGACUCCCCAAACCCAAAAACUUACAAAAAAACAAACUAAAAUAACCUAUGAACUCAUUUUUUUUUAAUGUUCCUUUCGAACUUGAACAUGUGGUAGGUGUAAAAGAUCACAGGACAUCCUGUGGUUUGUUGCACUGGAUAGAUCCAGAGAAGCUGAUACAACCCUCACCUUAACUCAAUCUUAUUCGUUAGAGAUCGUGCCUGACCGGGUGUCCAUUAUCAGGUUUUUGGUUACUUCCCCCAGAGUCCAUUAAAAAAACCUUGUAAUGGACACCCAUGGAGGGCUUAUUCAACUGGUGUAAAAAAAAAAAAAAAAAAAGCUUUGUGGUUUUUUUCUGUUUGUUUUGCAAUCAACUUUUUGUUUUUUCAAACUGUAACUGUGUUUCUCUCUGUAUCACACCACAGUCAUCAAUAACUUUGUAAAUCAUUCUCUUAAUAAAUGACUGGUUAUUGAAAUGAAAUGAUGUUCAAGUUUAACCUGACUCUUUGGCUAAGAAAUUGUGUGAACUGUUGUAGUUAAAGUUUUGUCAGUAUGAUAGUAAAUGAAAAGACCGAGGGUCUGAUUGAAGCAUCAGUUUAAUUGACAGAAUUUAAAGCUUCAGCAGUGCUAGUUUUUCUGAAUUGAGAUUUUUUUUAUUUUUUUUUAAUUUGGUCUUUGAAAUACUAAAGCUCUCUUUGUGUUGUUAUCCAUCCACAACAAAACACCGUCCAGGGACACACAGAGGGAGGACUGUGGAGUGGAUUUCGUCGUCCAUCUGUUACACUGAAGUCCUGCUCGGAAGGGGAUGCCUGUAUUGAACACAGUCCAUCAGUAACUUGGUCACUGUAAUCAUGGGCAUGUCUUACUCUCAUUCUAACUUAAAACACAUUUGAAUUUGCCAUUUCAUGCAAGUCACACGUUAGUAAAUGAAUCACCCCUCACAGCUGGGAGACAUUUUUGACCGACAUGUGAUGGACAGUUGUCCGUCCUCUGACUGCUUGACACCACAGCAGAGGCUAUUUUUGUGAUGAUCUCCUUCAGCACCGCGGACAGCUCCGUCUGCGCCCAGCCUCUCUCUCUCUCUCUGUCUGAUCUGACCGCUUCCGCUGCUCGUGCUGCUGUUUGCUGUGACAGUAAACCUCCUUCAACAUGUUUUACUGAGAGCAUGCAACAGCAGUGAGCCCAACUCAUGCUGCAGCUCUGCAUGCAGCCCCCAUUCUAAAUAUUUCUGCCUGGUAAUACAAAACCAGGCAUAUUCUGCUUAAUUAUUAAAUACCAUGCAGACUGCGCGGCUCGGGCUGUGUGGCAUGAGGUAAUCGCUGCAGCCCGGCUUUUUUUGAUGCUUCUCUGUGUGCCAACAAGUGGGAAUUUUCUAAAAUAGACCUCAGGAGUGUUAAGUGUUCCUGUCAUGAAUUUAAAAACGCUGACACUUUACGAGCGUCAAUAUAGGAGGAGGCUAAUCAUUAAGAGUUGAUCAUAAACUAUAGUGACCUGCAGAUAUAUAUUAUUUGACAGGCCUAUGGAUCGGUUGUGGUGACGUAGCAGUAAAAGUGAUUUGUGAUUAUGCAGGGUGGUUAUGGCAACAUUGACAAAGUCGAUCUAUUGGCUCCACAGUGGAUUAAGAUGAUCGACCAUGUGAGCGGGGUUUAAACACCUUUCUACUCCUCGCAUAAUCCGGUUCUUGUCAUAUCCUAACAGCCCACAGGAGUGAUCGAUCCGCUGCAACCUGUGCGCAGAGCAGGCGAUGGAGCGAUAUUCAGGCGAAGGCGGUGUUUUGGCUAUACGGUGACGUUUUAAGGCAGGUCUUGGUCAAACCUACCAAUGAUACAAGUCGCUCCUAUUCUGCUGGGACUGAUCGCAAUGAACGGGUGUCGGAGCUCUGCACGCCAAAGGAGCAACCACAGCGAGACGCGGCGAUCAAGGGGAUGCGGCAUCGGUACGCGGGAGCUGUCCAUCAGCACCAAACCCCCGACCAAAAGCAAGCAAGCAGCGCGCAGAGCCGAGACCCAGCCGCUCCUGUUUUCAGCCUGCCGCCCCCGCCCUCUUCUCACCACCGAGACCGCGCUCCGACAACCGCCGCUCAGCGCCAGAGCCUCCAGGAGCUCCCGUGUUUGAGCCAGCCCUCCAGGAGACCUGUUCGCAGCGGAGACCCUCUACCUCUGGCGAGCUACGACACCGCCCAGCGACCUUCAUACCGAGCCGGUGAACCCAGCACCGGGCAGCCGGCGCACCUGCAGCAGGAUCCCUGGGCCCCGACCGGCUCUCAGCAGCAGCAGCAGCCGCCGGCGUCGCAGUCAGAGAAGCAGCCUGUUUUUCCGAGCUGCCACUGCAGUUUUUCCGAGCAGGAGGCAAGCCUCUCUAAAAACCAGCCCCAUCCUGUCGAUUCUCUCCCACCGCAACCCUCCCCACCUUUUCCGCCUCCUAUACCUCCGCCACCAUCGUCCUCCUCCUCUCUGCUCUUUUCCCGGGGAUCUAAACGGGGGGAUCGGCUGAGAAGGAGUGCCGAUAAUUACCAACAGGCGAGCAUCGUGGAACGCUGCAGGGGAGGAGGAGGAGCAGGAGGGCACCGAGACCACAGGCAGUUGUUGCAGCAACAGCAGCAGCAGCAACAGCAACAGCAGCAGCAACAGCAACAGCACAGUCAUUUAAGACUCCAACAGAGGGACCCCUCCCCUGAAGGAACCCGUGCAAACUCACAGAAAGGGCGCUCUUUAAAUGUAUGUGAGUCAACCGAGGCUAACAGGAGAGCUUUCGAGUGUCAGACUCAGGACCUGCAGCAGCAACAGAUACCACAAUUACGAGCGCAGCAACAGCUUCUGGUGGGGAGCAGCUUACCGAUCAACUACUGCGCCAGCGGCUCAGGAGAGCUAUGUAGGACUCACCAGGCUUCUCAGCUGCAACAGCACGAGCAGCAGCAACAGCAGCAGCAGCACGGCGCACUGGGGCUCUGUCCCCAGCGUCCGCAGCAGCACUGUGAGCAGGACCGACACAAGUCUGCGAGGAUCUCCGGGCAGGCAGGCGAGCACAGCCGCGACUGUCGCGUCUCAACCCCGGUAACACAACAGGCGUACGCGGGGAACUCGUCUGCGACUGUCAGCAACAGCAGCAAAGACAGCCCCAACUACGGCUCGAGCUAUCACCUGUGGCCAGAGAGCCCGCAUAAAGGCGAGGAGAGGAUCCGCAUCGACCCCCACAAGGUACAUUUUCACCUUAUCUCCUGCGCUUUCACAUUCAUGUGCCUGAAAAUAAGAGGAAAAGCUGUUUUUAACCAAUGACCACGCCUGUUAUAUGAUUUUAAAAGAGCUCAUUUGCUUAUGUGUACGGUGUGCACGCGCGUUGUAUGUGUACGUAUGUUCAAAAAGAGGAGGGGGGGCAUUUUUGAGUCGUCAUUCAUGUUUUUUGCCUUAAACGCUGAUAUAAUACAACCAUACAUGUAACCCAGCGCCUAAUAUUUCUUAUCUAACCUGACAUGUGUUUCGCGCGAGCACGCACAAACAAACAGCGAACGCGAGCCCUCGCGCACACACACACCUGUUCCAUGUUGCAGUGUUGUUUUGGGGAGCAGUGAAAAAAUUCAAACGACGCUCCGCGGCGGCUGAAUUAGGAACAAAGCGUUUGUUGUUCCCACAGAGCAGAGGGGUACCUGAGCUGGGGAGAUGUUAAUAAUUUGCCUUUCAGACGCUGACACAGUGGUUAGCUUUAUAACACUAGGCCUGGCUGUACCUGUCCGCGUGAGCAGCCACUGGCUCGCUAACGUACUUUAAAAGUCACUUUGCAGUGAUGUCCGUGCUGUAUGUUCUGCUCGGGAAGCUGCCUUACAGCCUGAGCCUCAACUCUGUCAUUGUACACCGUGUCUUUCAGCAGAUGUACCAAUUUGGGUUUACAGUUUGGUUAAACAUGACGGAUAUAAAUGAAUCAGUCCUGACAAUUUUAAACAAAGAAUCAGGAGGACAUGCUUAUAUAUAUGAAAUAUGACCUAAAGAAAAAGUCUGUUGAAGGGUUAACUUAACUCAUGAUACAGUGACAUUGUGUAUGAAGAUAUUAAACAGGUUGUUCAAGCUGUACAAAUUUAUCAAAAAUGAAGACCAGGUUUGUUGCUUUUUAUUCAUUCUUAAGUCUAUGUAAGUAAUCAAAGAAUACAGAUUAAAGCUUUUACAUACAUUUGUGAUUACACUGACAAAGCUAACAACAAUGUGUUAAACUUACCACAUGGAAAAUGACUUUUUAUAACACCAAUUUAAUGCAGUUUAAAAGACAAACCAAUGCCUUUAUUGGUCAAAACUGAUUAUGAUGCUGUCUUAAUUUUUAAAUGAGUAAUGUUUUGACCUUUACCGGGGUUUUCCUGCCCUACUUUGCUCUGUGGAUGCAGUUAAUGUGAAGUUUUUACAUCACAGAAAGAGGGGAAGCAAAUGAAGCCUCUGAUGAGGCUGCAGCAUCUAAAUAAGAGCACCAGACUCCUUUUUAAAAUGCUGCAGAUGUUUUCAGGAGCUGAGCUGGCGCCGGUAGCAAAAGGUGGUACACCAAACCACCUUGACAUGACUGUUCUGAACUUGGCUCAAUCUUGGAGCAUCAGCAGAACAAAUAACGGAAGGGAAAGUAAACUUUACUUUUCUUGAGGUUGUCACUGAACUGGUCCAAAUUAAAGUCCAAGAGACAGAAGCUUUGCCUGACAUAUGAGCUGAAGAGAAACUUUUUGAAACAAACUAGCAUUUAUUGACCCAAUACUCCCAAAAUAAUCGUCCAAAGUUUAAAUAACAUAUAAGGAGGAGUUAUAGCACUGUGUGUUAACUAUACUGGUCUACUGUGAGGGCUCAAUUUGCUCCUAAUCAGCUGAUGCAAUGCAGCAUAGAGGAAUUUAGUAAGGAGCUGUUGCCAUCUUUUAUUCAUUUAGAUCAACAAAAAAUAAGAACAAAAAGGGGAAAACAAAUGCUAGGUAACCGCUCAUUUAUCACGCGUAAUUAUCUGUUGAGGCUGUUACAGUAUUUUGAUUCUACUGGUAAAGCAUGACAGCAAUUUUCUGUCACUCUAUGGUGCAUCAUCUCCUGGAAAUCUUUGGUGGGUCCAGUUUAUUACAGAUAACUGCUGUAAGGUAGCAGACCUGCCUUUUAAAUCCACUCAGACUAAGAUAUGUGAGGGUUUUAUUUGGCUUAUCUAAACUGUUAUUGCUUAUCUCCGACAGCUCAUGCAAAAAAAAGCUGGAAAAUAGUCUGAAAAUGUCAGUAUGAAGUAGGAUACCAGUCAUUACGACAACCUCCUCAGAUACUGUCACAAAAUAAUAAUGAAGGAAUUGACAAGUGAAAGCUUCAAGACAACUUUCUCCACUCUUACAAAUAAUCAAACAGCAAUAAACAUCCUCUGUAAGCAAGAAACGUUUCUUGCACAAGCUCAAAACAGGAAAUCUGAAGGGGAAACAAAUCUUCAAAGUUCUCCCCUGACGGGCUCUCGCUAAGUAUCAAACCUUUUCCACUCGCUCUGAUCCAAGUAUUUUGAUCCGGCCAGACACACUUAUCCAUUCAGGGAUAUUUGUGGUAUCGUGGUUACAUCGCAUUGAGCAGCCCUCAAUGAAACAGCCUCCCCUUUUGAAAUCCCUUAAACAAAACACUUGCGACAGAACAAGCCUGAUAAAGUGUAUACGAUUACAGCACAACCUGAAACCCGAUCGCCUACCCACUGAACUGAUGGCAGCUUGUACGAUAUUGUGUCCUGCCUCAAUAACAUUGUGCUUUGAAAGGUCCGUAGCUGCUUCUAUUGUGAUCAGUUGUGUAAGUACUCUAAUGCUGCCACUUACUGCUGGGAUGAUUUCUCUAUAGAGACUCUGUUGUACAUGAACAUGGAGGGAUUGGAUCUCAUUUUGAGGAUACACAGACCUUGUGUUUUGCUGAAAACAGAAACAGUAAUUAAAUAUUCACUGAACAGUAACAGCAGCUUUUUAUCAUUGUCUGCAGAGUAUGUGUAUACUCAAAGAAAAGUUUGAUGUAACUGCUUUAUGUUUAUAUUUACUUCCCUCUAGGAUUUCGAUAAGGAGAUUAAAAUGUCAAAGUAUUCCAUUAAUUAAUCAAGUUUGACAGUUUUAUUGCUUUAAAAACAGCAGAAAAUCUAAUUACAGUCUGAAUCCAACGGGAAUUACUUUUGUAUUUUACUUUUUAAAACUCAUGAAAUAGUUUUUGCCUCCUGGCUGAGGGCCAACGCUACCAAAUACCACCAAAAACAAAUUCAGUGUUUCAAAGGUUGUACUUAAUAUGGCUGCGACAGUAGAGGAAGCUGCAAAGGAAUAGAGAUGACAAAGGAAUCGAGAUUUAUCAAUUAACGCUGAAGAAUGGCAGAAAUGAGAGGUCAAUUCUGGAUACACAUGACUGACAAAUUUUGAUAAAUGUUCUGUGCUGUAUCUAUAACUGUGUGAAAAAUACGCACAAUACAUUUAAUACAAACUCAAAAAUAAAUAUUUAAAUACUUAAAAAUUACCUAUAAGUAUUAAAUUGAAAAUCAUAUUUUUAGAAAGGUUGGAAUUUCCCUUUUUUAAAGUAAACAACAAUUAUAAAUGAGACAGCUAUUUUCAUCGUUGUAUAAAAGAAACCAGUGAAAUAAAUGAAAUAGCUGUUUUGGAUCCACAAAUUUGACCAGAGAACAUAAUAACAAGCAUGAAACACAAGGAAACCCUCAGGAUCUGUUUCUCUUCAAUUCUUGAAAAUUACUCAAAUGAAUAAUUUUCCUCAAGCUUUUUGAAAUCAUGUGUAACCGUCAAAUUGGUUUUUGGGUGGCUACUUCAUGCUUUAGACUACAAUUAGUUCUUUUGGUGCAUCAUGGCCUCAUUAUACAUCUUAUCAUCCAGUGUGAAGUCCUCAUGUUGAUCUCUUGAUCUGUCUCCUACACAUAUAGGGAAAAGAUCAGAGGUUAAAAGUACAAAAGGGAAUAAAAAUAUUCAGAACCUUGGACCAUCUGUGUUCUCCUGUCACAUCACACAUGUUUGUUAGGUGCUCUGUGCCUGCAAGCUGCUUUGUCGUGUCUGUGUGUGUGUGUAUGAGAGAGAGAGGGAGAGUGUGUGUGUGUCAGACAAGUCGCCAGCCCACCUUUCUGGAGAACAUAAGGUUAUAUGUGUCAUUGCAGAAUGGAUGGCUUGAAAGAGGAGGAAAGCCAUUACAGCCGAGCCUUUUGUGCGGAUGCUGCCAAACUGCGGUCCAACACGUGUAUAAUCAGCCUAUAUGAUCUGAGAAAGGUCAACAAGGUGCUCGUCAAAGUGGCACUUGCAACCGACUUAGUGUCUCUGUGGCUGCAGGAUUUAGUGCAGGUGGGGUUUGACUCUCUGCCUCUAAAUAUCAAAAUGGUAGAAGCUCACUGUAUCUUCAGAAGUAAAUUUUGGAUUUGCCUUUUUUAAUUAGGCUUUUAAACCACUGCAGAGUUUUGGCCAGUCUAAUUUUGUCAUUUCUUUUAAUUCUUCUAUGAUUUUUUUUUUUGCCUCAAGGUUUUUAUUUGUUAACUCUUCAAUUUUUCAUCAAGUAUUUUUUUAAAUAACCUUUUUGAGAGACAGGACAAUAAGAAUGGGAGCGAGAGUGGAGAAUGUAUGCUGUAGAAGGCCACAAGUUUGGGACUGAACCCUGAGCUGCCUGUUUAGAAGAGUGUGGCUGCUGAUGCCUCAUUAUUAAUGGCUUCAAAUAUUUUUGUCAUAGUUAUUCUUUUAAGUCUUGCAAUUUUUUGUCUAUUUUUUAUCAAUUUUUGUUGCUAUAUUUCGAGUGUUUGUGAAAUGUGCUCUUUAAGUGAAGUUACCUCAAAAAAAACCGACAGAAUUUCGGCAGCUGAUUAAGUGGAAAAACAAAAGAAGGAAAUUCUCUUUUGUUUCUAUGUAAAUAUUUCCAGUUUUUCUGCUUCUUCAAGCAUCUUGUUUGAUCAUUUCUCCAUCUCCUGUUUUCUCCACUCUGCGCUCAGAUUUUCCUAUAACAAAAACUAGCCCAUUAAAGGAAAGUUACAGUGUUUUUUUAAGGUUGUCUACUCUCUGAACUUAGGAAAAUGUUGAAGUAAUUCGAUUGUUGGUUCUCUUAAAAAAAAUUCCCUUUAUCUUAUCAGUUGUGUGAUUGUGUUGGUUUUGUAAUAUCACUAAGAAAACGUCAAAUGUUGGAGCUGUGGAACAAUUAAUGUCGACAGAUGUUCUUACAGUGCUAAGAUUUAGAGUACGCACUCCUGCCAGGAGAAACAUUAAGUUGAUUUAAACUUUCUCUAUCGGUCAUCUCUGCCGCUGUUACAGAGGCCUGCGCUUGUUUUCCUCUCAUUAGGGCGUCCAUGUUUCCACUGCCUCCUAUGUGUGUGUAUGUGUGUGUGCGUGUAUAUGUCUGAGGGCAGCCAACACCUUGAAAGUAAACACACGCUGCUUUUAAAAAAAAUGAAAUGUCAGACAAGGGGCAGAUCCUUUAGUUCACAUCCUCUGUGUGUGAUGAAGGAGUGGCUCUGCUAUAGAUCUGUGAUAAGGCAAAACAAUCGCACACAGUGAGGUAGGUGAGCACUGUGUGAGACACUCAGUUUGGGCUGCAGCUGGCAACACACAGGCUGUAAGUAUGAACAUGAAGCUCUUUUAAUAAUUGAUUGCUGUUUUCCCUAUUUUUUUUUUUUUUUUAGUUGGCUGUGUUUAAGUGCUACGCUGCGCUCACUGCUCUGAAAUAGAUUUGUGUUACCAUGUGUGUUGCUAUGGAGAGAUCAACCUGGUAUUGUGUAGCUGUCUCCCUCUCUCCCUCUCUCUCUCUCUCUUUCUCUCUCUGUCAGGGUGUUAAGGUUUGGUCAAGGAAACAUGUGCAGAACAAGACUAUUUACCAGAUUAAGAUUCAUUUUUACACAAGCACAUAGAACAGGCUUGCUCAUGCUCCACACACACACACACACACACACACACGCUGAGGGGUAACCCCACACACACACAAACACUGGUGUUACUGUAAGUGGUUCAAACAGUGCUCCACUUGAUGUAGUUCAUUCCCUUUGCGUUUCAUUUGAGUGAGCCUGCACAAGGAGAAGUGUAUUGAAUUACUUGCAGUCCAGUUGAACACAAAGAGUGGAAAGAAAGCGUGUUGGGGGUUUCCUCGCCGCAUACUUACUUACUUACUCGGCGGGUGGAGGCACAGCAUGGCAGAUGUUUUCGCUCUGCCAGCAGUCGAUGCAAUUUGUAACCCGACUGCUCGACCUCUCAUGAUGUUUCUCUUUCCUAAUGCGUGUUGUAACUUACACUUUUUUUUUACUGUGCUCCAGUGUUAGCAUGCCAGGUCCCCACUGUGGCUCUUAGCUUAAUAAAUGGCCACAGUUCAUUUAUAUGGUAAUUCCUGUGAGAUGCAAGCCAAGGGGUUGCCAGGCAUAUAAUGUAUCACCACAAUGCAUAUGCUUUAUGGCUAAUUAGGUUAUUGAUCUGAGGCCAUUCCUGCGUUAGGGCGUGAUCACAACACAAAAGGGUCUGAGAGUAUGAGUAAUGCAGCUAUAAGCAAAUAUUUGUCGUUCAUCAUAAUGCCAAGGAGAUUUAGACAUGUGAUGAUGGCUUUAUACACGUGUAAAUCAGGCAGGUGUGUGCGCGUGUGUGAACUCUCUCCAUAUCUGGUAAAACAGUCAAUGUGUGAACCCAUCAUUUCAGUAUUGCCUGCUGGCUGUUUUUGAAUGUUUGUUAAACACAGUGUUCGGUGGGAGAGCACAGUGCAGAAACGAGACGCGGGAGAUGUGUGAUUUCAUCAUCCUUCGCUCGCACAAUCGACUGGCGCUUUUACUUACAGCCCGCGCGUGAAAGAUGCAAGUUUGAAAAGCGGCUCCUGCCAUUGUGGAACUCCAUAUGGAGAGGCUGUGUGCGCAUACGUGUGUGCGUUUGUUUGUGUGUUUCCCCACUCUGCCUGCAUGGGCACUCUAUUUCUCCUCUUUCUCAUCAGGUCUUUAUGCCCUCAGGUCGGAGUUUGACUGUGGAUCCCCUGAGCUGCUGUACUACUUAAUUUACAGCACAUGAUACAUAACAGUUCUUCUGCGGUAAAACUCAAUCACUGCCUCCUCCGGCCACUGAUAAAUAUUCAGCAAGGAACAAAAAGCCUUAGCUGAACCGCAUCCCAUCAGAUCUACUCCGCCUUCAGCUGUUUAUAGAAAAUGCCAGUACAAUUUGUUACCUUUAUGCAAACAAAGAAGCUUCAAUGGGAAUGAGAAUUUAGCCCAAGCUUUAAUCUGGAGGCGUCCAUUUAUGUGCGUGUGUGUGUGCAAAUAUAAUAUACGAUUUACUGUAUGCAUGUGUGUGUGUGUUAUGCUAUCCGCAGCCUUAGUGGCUCCUUUCCAACACGCAGGCUUUACAAAUUGAAACAGAAGAUGAGUUGAAUGAAGCUGCUUUCCUUCAGCUUUGCUCUCCCCUCCCCACCCUAUUGUUACCUUAAAUCACCUUGCUGGAGAGCAAAAAAGCUGCUUUCCUGUAUAUACAGCAGCAACAAGGUCUGCUGAGGUUAACAACAGGUGAUUUAAGCUGCAGGAAAACAUCAUCUGCUCCAGCGGGCAUUCUCUCUGGUUUAUGUGUGUGCGCGGGUGUGUUUGUGUGCUCUGUUGCACAUAAGUUAUGUUUUUGUGCAUGUGCGCAUGUUUAUAUGUACCUGUGUUUAUGUGACAGAGGGAGGACAUAGAGUGAGGGUAAAUCACGAGUGGACGGAUGGCUUAAGUGUAUGAUUACCAUGCCGGUGACACAGUGUUGGAGUCAUGAGGGAGUCCCCCUUCUUCUCCUUCUCUUUAUUUCUACACUGUAGUCUCCACAAUGCUCAAUUAUGCAUCUGCAGGCCUGUUUACAAAAAAGAGUGAACCAAUGUGUGAACUGGUGUGAACAAAAUGCAUGUGUUUUCAGAGGUGUCUGUAAAAAACACUGAUUUAAUACUAUAUGUGAAAGUUUUAUUUAUUUAUUCAGUGUUGGCACAAUGUUGACAUGAAAUGAGUGUUGUUGCAUCGUUUCCCUCUCUCUGUUUUUCUCUGCUGUAUGUCAGUGGUUGGUAUGUGGCUCCUCUAUACAAGCUGCUCCAGUCUCCAUUAUCGCCUUCCCUCCAACUGUUAACCCCUUAAUGGGCCACUAUCACACUGUGAGCACAUCCCCUUUUUGUUGCUGCCAUUUUCUUUUUAACCCUUCUCACUGACGACGCCGCAUCCAUCUCCCGCUUCUCCUUUUAUUUAGAGCCACAAUCACUCGCUCUUCCUCUUCUUCUUCUCCACUGUUGGUCUUGGGGGGUGGGGGAAGGAUUUUAAAAUAGAAUCAAUUUACACUAAAGGGCCCAGGAGGCAUUACAAAACUGCAGCACUUAAUUGCAAAGAAGAAGAAAAAAAAUCACAGCUGCAGGCUGUUGGCACAACUUUUAUCAUGUGAGAUGUAAUAGACUAGCAUGAAGAUAGCUACUCUUAACGGUUUACAGUACAGUGUGGGGUCUGGUCAUGGUCCACCUGCCUGGAAACAAAAUUACAUCUGGUGCAAUACAGUACAGUUUGUUUUCCUUGUUCGUGUGUGUGUGUGUUGGGUUUCCUCUGAAAGUGUCUGUUGGUGAAUACAAAUGUGCCGCCUUUCAGUUCACCGAGGGAAAGUGGGGUUUAAAGCCAGAUAAGGAUAUUCAAUUAGCUGGAGUCUAUGGAAGACGGCUGCUGCUGCUGCUGUGCUCCUAUGCUCUGCAUGCAGGAGCAGGGUGACAUAUGGUAAAGAGGGGAGAAAAUACAUUAAAUACAUAUUUUAGUUUUCUGAGAUGGAAAAUGCAAGUCUGCAACAGAAGUAUUUGUGCUGACAGUGGAGCUAUGUCAAAGCUCUGUGGUCAGUGCAUCUUUGUACUGUUAUAUUGUUUCUUUGAUGGUGUAAUAUUAGUGUCCCAAAGUGUGGUUUUAAAUUGUGUUACUGUAUUGCAGGAGCACAAGAGGCACGACAUAUUAACACACAUCAGGAGCUGAAACUACACCCAGCACUGUUCCCACCUGCUGUCCCCACAGUUUCACAGUAAUCCUGUUUCUCUCCUAUAACACCUCUGUUACUACCUCUGAUGUCGGCACAGCAGGAAGACAGCUCGGUCCCACCGUCUCAUCUCUGUGAAAUUAACAGCGACGUUGCAGACGUGUUAAUAACCUCUCCUUGAAAUGCUCAUAAAAAUGGCUGAAAUAGCUGUAAAAAGAAAAUCAAGAUAGACAACAAACAUAUGAUCAGAGGCAAACCUUGACAGUCAUAUGGGAAGUGCAAAAAACUGCAGUUCCUUGAGUGGCCACUUGAGGCCAAACUCUAAAAACCCAGCACUGCGUUGCACCAGCGAUGCAAAAAUUCAAAAUAACCCCGGGCUGUCACCAAAUAAGAUCUUCACCUUACUGUUAUAUUGGCUUUGCGAGAGUAAUGUAAAAGUAAAAAAAAAAAACAAUCCAUGAAAUCGAAGAAACACAAAGAAAGGUUGGAAUAACAUUUUACUUGAUAAACUUAACUCAUACACACAAUAACCUUACAUUCAUCCAUUUCUUACUCUGUUUAAAUUUAUGAUUGAUAACAGCUCUCUGAUGCAGGCUUCUCUGGAGCAGAAAUUGCUCCAUAAAUGAUUCCGAUGAUUUUAUUUUGAUUAUUUUCUGUCUUUGGUUAAGAUUGCUGUAUUCACUCCAUGUAUACAGCCUCUGGUAUUGUAAGUAACAAAACUGAAAGAAAACAGUUAAAUAAACGAUUAAGAAAUAGUUUAAUUAAGAAAAGUUUAACUGAUUAGUAAACUGAAGAGGUAUUUGCUUUAACAUUGUUCUUGGAUUCACAAUAAGUCUUUUAAAAAGUUAGUUUUUCUCAAAGUACUGCAUCACCUCAAAAAAGGGUUGCUACAGGUAGUUUGCUAGCAGUGUGCUUCUUCUUUUUCUUUGUCUAUCCCCUGUUGAAAGAUGUGGCCCAGCAUAAAAACUACUAUUUUGUGCUCACGGUGUUACCUUAUGCUUAUUUUUAGCACAAUAUCAAUAACCAGUUUAAAUGUACGGUCAAGUGUGGACCUUUACAUCCUAACCUAAAACAGAGCUGGUGUAACAGGGCAUUGGAGACCCCAACAGAGCUUACAGCAAAGACCAUGUUUUGUGGCAGAACUGAACUCUUUUACAGACAACUGAACAUACCAAGGCUUCACACAGGAGGAAGUUAGCUGAGGUUAGCAUUUCAAAUAUGGUAUACCCCAACUUUGGGCUCCAUACCCCCCAUUCAGAGACCAACAAGGGACAUGACUGAGUAAACGUUCUUGUCCUUUAUGGUGUAUGUAUAGAAUUGAAUGCUUUCAUAUUCACACAGUUAGGAAUUGACUAAAGCUUUGGCAUUCAUUUACUGUGACCUUGAUUUAUGAAAUUCAUUAAGCACUUGCGUCAUGCUGGGGCCUACAAGACAGCCUCUUGGACUCACACCAACAUCCUAUGUGGUGUCGUUCAUUUCUGUGUUUAUGAGGGAUGUCUGUGAAUUUUUCGCCAUUUACACAUGUCAUGCUGUAACAUUUUGCCCUGGCGCAUAGGGGUACCCGGGGUUUCUUGAUGGACCAGAGUGUGCCCCAGUAGAGCUUUACACCUAGCAACGCUCCUGGAUUGGCCAUACGUUUAGUUUGCCCUUUCUUGAUUUAUAAACUGAUGCAACAAAAAAUUAGAAAAUAAAAACUUAAAGAUACACGUUUGUCACGUGUCUGUAAAAUUGUUGUAUCCUCUCGGUGAGAAGUCACUUCAACCCUGAGAGGCACAAAGCAGAGACUUCCUCCGAUUCCUCUGAGGUUCCUCUCUCUCAUGCUCCAGCUUCUCCUGUUGGCUCAUGUCCCCCCUCCUGUCAUAAAUCUGAACCAGGAUGUUUCCAGGCAACUCUCCAGUCAAUCUUUACUGAGUUUGUUGAGCUAUUGAUCUGUCCUGGGCUAUAGGUUGUCCUGGAUCCUCUCUCUCCACUAUUGAUGUUUUUGCCUGGGGGAAAGAAAGAAACUGCCUCCGUCUGAAUUUACCGUGGGCUCGUUUUCAAAUGACUUACAAUCACCUCACAAUGAAAAUAAAGGUUGUCAGGCGGUGGCAUUUUUACACUGAUACUGUUGUCAGAUGUGUUGUUUGAUAUGAGGCAGAGAUUGUGGGUUUGUAAUGCAGGUUAUGGGGCACUUAAGGGUGAUAAUCUCUGUGAGGAAUAUAUGGCCUCUGUGGGAUAAGAAAUGGCUGCAGGGGGAUCUGUCCCCUAAUGAAGAUGCCUUAGUCCUCUGGGCCCACAUAGACUGAGCGAUAUUUCAAGCUUGUGUGUGUCCAACUACAUGCAUUAUUGGCCGUUUUGAUAAGUGGGAGGAAGUACUGGUAUGAGAGGCUGUUCAGGUCAUAAAUCAUCCUUGUUCACCCAACAUUGUAAAGUUACAUAAUAAUACACUACACUCUCCUACACACUGCUAUGUAAGCUUACAGGAGCAGCCACGAAGUACUACAUUGUACAGUUAUUCCUGUUGGACUCUCCCAUAUGUAUAAAAAACAUGACAGGGAUGUACACCAAACUGGAUCAAAUCACACACUCCUGUCAGGUGUUUGCUUAAUCCAGCAACAAUGCAGGAAAGUUUUCAUUUAGUUUCCGAAGUCACAAGUUCAGGAGUUCAACUCACCAAGUUUUGCGUCCUCAAUUUUAACAUCAGCUCAGUGUUGAAUAUGUAGUUGGAGACAAGCCUGAACUGGAGUUUCUCAAUGUAACCCAUACUUGCCUUACUUGUGAACACUGCAGAGUUUUCUUUGAGUUUCUACAUACAGUCUGAACAUCUUUGAUCAUACAUACAAGUGCCAGAGGGGAAACUCAAAUCAAAAGCAGUUUUACUUGUAUGCUGAGCAGAAAUCUGUCUUCAAAAUAGCAAAUAGCAAACAGUUUGUUGUUGCUGAAAUAUAUUUUUAUAUGUGACAUCACACUGCUGUCAUUUUUUCCCCAAAGUUGCAGUUUGUUGGUCAGAAAAACUGUUGUGUUGUACUUUAAAUAUACAACAUUUAAUAUAUUAUGUAGAUUUAUUACAGUUAUUUUCUGUCAAAAACAAAACUUACCUGUAAGAGUAAACUGAAAUCAGGAUAUGAUUACAUGAUUAACCUUAAGACAAAAAGUGCCACAAAUAACAGAUUUUUGUGAUGCUUUUAUUUUGCCAUUUUACCACUGUCUCUGCAACUUUAUUUUCUGUUUUAGUAACAGGUGCGCUUUUAUUUCUCCAGCACACAAAAGGUACAAAAGAUAUUGUUGGAUGUAUUUGCACUCCUUGAAGAAACAAGCUUUUAUUUAAAGAUACAGAGAGAUAAGAUAAGAUAAGAUAAGAGAUAGUAUGGAUUAAAAACAACAAAAACUCUUAAAUGGCCUCCUUGGUGGACAGUCCAGGUACUGUCCAUGUGUGGGAAACAGUUCAUCCAUGACUGCAAAAUCAUCAUCUGCUCUACACGUAUGACAUUAGAUCGCCACAAUCCAGAGAGCACAGAGCACCUCCUGCUGUUUUAACUGGGCUCACUGAUAGUUUGUUUUUAUCUCAUCGAUUCCCACUGUCCUUUGUUCCCUUUGUAUCGAUUUUUAACCAUCUCUUAUGGAACUGUUACAUGCCUACUGAAUCUGACUUGGCAGUUCAGUCAUUACAUUAAUAUGCCAUUUAAUUUUUUUAUAAGUCCAAGCAGAGUUGCUAGCUCAGCUCACACUCAAAACAUUCAUGACAAUGAUAUCCUCACAAUAUUUUCAGAUAACUUAGUUUUACUCAAAUUAAAUCUUAAAAAUCAGGUCACUUCAUAGCCAUACAAAUAAAGAUAAAUGACUUACUGGCAUGAUAUCAGCCGGGUUUAUAUUUUUUAUCAAUUUCCUGAGCCCCAUGACAGACCUUCUGAAGAGAAAGGAUUGACCUAUAAGCAACUGUUGGUAACACUAAAUUUGACAUUUUUACUGUUGUGCAUCGAGGUUGCUUUCUUUCCUAUGAUGUAAAAUGCUUUUAUUUUGAAAAGAAGUAUUCCUCUGGUGGAUGGAAGUUAUGGAACUAAAUGAAAACAGCUAAAAUUUCAACAGAGUAUGAAAUACUCAACCACAAGCCUUUAAGUUGUCUUUAGAUUCAUAGAAAAUCUUGAAUCAUCAGUUUCAAAAGUGUCUGACCUUUUUACAGAGGGCUGCUACAGCUAGCUAGCUUCUUCGUACCUCUCACCAUUUUAUCGUGGAAAGCACAAGAACCAUAAAGAACACUGAAUACCACAUACUCAUACUUAUACUCAUCACUGGAUACUGAUUUUCAGCACGAUAUCAGUUAUUUUAAUGGACAGUUUUGUCCAUACUGAUAUAUCUAGAUUGCUGUUGUGUUAUGUGUUCAGAGUCAUUCACAAGAUGUUAUCUUGUGUUCAUUUGCUGACCCUUUGAAGAAUAGUUGUUCUGCGCUAUAAAGAGUUGGAUGUGUCACUUUAAAUCAGAGUUUAUUCAAUCCUACAGACUAAGAACAUUUUUUUUUGCCUGAACCUCCUCUGAGACUGGGUUUGUGUGGGAAUGUGUCAAGGACGGCAUCUAGGACAGGAGGUUUUCUGCACAAACCUGGCAUCAAUCAAGAAAUCAGUCAUAAUGGAAGUCUGCGGAGGCGAUUAGAGCAAUAUAGUUGAUGAGUUUGAACACAGAGAAGAUACCAGAGAGUUGAUUAGUGCUACAGUACAUUGAAAUGUUCUUCUUGUCCUGUUUCCAUGCACAAAGUCAAAGCAUAAAGGAGCGAAAUGAAAGACCUACCCAUCAGCAUCAAUAGAAAAUUUAAUGUGAGAUACUCAGCAGACAUUAUAUUGUGCUCCAAUCCAACCAGAUAAUAUAUCUAAGUGCACUUCAAAGUCCAAUGGCGAGUAGAGUGCACUCAAAUAUUUUCUAGCAGUUCGGAGGAUUUAAAGGUUCAGUAUUCUUUUCUUUUUUUAAUAAAUAGAUACUUGUACCAGACUUAUGUUCUCUGAUGAUUAUUAAGUCUGCAAAGCAAAAGAUACUGGAAAACAAGAGUACGGAAAAAAAUAAGGUCAUUGCUAGGCCCAUAUAAACAGAGCUCAAACUGUAUUAUCUAUUGUAACAUCAAAUAUUUGAAGCCAUUUUUUUAACUGGAGUCAAGACAAACAAACAAACAAACAGUUUAACAUAUUUUACAACUUUCUCUGCGUCAUUUUUGUGUAUUCUCUUUUUUUAGCAGUGAUUGGGUCUCAAAAGCUAAAGGAAUGCCAGGAGACACAAAAGCAGUCUAGCACAUUUUACCUCAGCCUGUUGACACUGUGGCAAAAUGUUAGUUUGCAUUUACAUUCAAAAUUGGUAAACAAUCUCAGUCUGGUCUUGAAAGUUAGGAAUGACAGACAGCAGGCACAGAUGAGAGAUCAGCCUGAGGAGCUACUUGACUUCAACUGUGUCUGACAGGGAGGAGUGGAAAAGGUCAUGUCCUGCAAUCCAUGCCACAGCAAGCAGAGCUAGUAUAAGCAUCUGUAAGAGGCUGGCUGAUAACAAAAAACAAAAAAGUUGUAUCAUUUGCCCUUAAUAAAUACUGUAUAACAUUUGUUCAUGUUUAAAAGUGUGUCAACUGAAAAGCCCAGUGAAAAAGAAAACUGAAUAAAGACUGAAAUAUCAGCAUAACUAUUCAAGCAAAAGUCCCACCUACCUGUUUAACAUUACCUCAACACACAAGCUCAUGUUUGAACUUGACUGUGAAUUAAAAUGUUACAUGCUAACAUUCAAAGCACUCUGAAUUAGCAAUCUUCAUUGGGUAUUUGCAGUGUAUUCCUGGAUUCAAAGACACAUAUCAACAAACUUGGAUUCCCCUCACUAAACUAGAUAAUUCCCUGGCAUGUUGUCACUGAGUAGGACUGUCUUUUUUCAGGGAUUUUUUAAAGUAGAUUUGCAGCCACAAGAUUUAUAGACAUCAGAGCUCAUGAUAUCCCCACAAAGCAUGAGUGCUGCUGAAUCUAAAAAUAGCUGAUUAUGUAUGUGUAUUGUUAGGUUUCCAAGUAGGAGUAAAGAUUUUGAUACAAGCUCUGCAGUAAGUCUUCAGCAGGAGCCUUUCCAAACAUUUGUUUUAGGAAAUGUCAAGUAGUUCCUUUUAUGUCUUUGUAAUAUUUUCUGGCAUGUGUAAUGUUGAAUACUGGUGGAUGUGGGGUUUUUAGGUGGAAUCUGCACGUUAAGGGGUUGUUUUGGUCCUCGUUAUUUUCUGCAACAAACCUCCAGCUUCAAGGUUCACUCUGUUAACUGUUUUACCAGGAUAAGUCCAUCCAUUAGGGCCCUGAUCCACAAAUCACAUUUCUAACAAUGCCCUCCUUUAAUUUACUGGAAAUUGAACUUCUUCCUAAUGAGGCAGUGGGUGUCCCACAGGGAAAGCAGCCCCCAUCAGUUCUCACCCCAAUCUCCCCAGGAACUAGUUUAUAAGACACACUCUCAUCGGGGCACUCAUGGACCAACCUUGUUGGGUCCUAAUUAAGAUAGCGAUGUGUCUCUGAUGAACAACGCACAUUAUUAGUCCUAACAAUAACACAUUCCCACAGGCAUGUACCUUCGUCCUGUCUCUCAGCUCAGCCCAGGAAUUGCUUUUGCUACUUUUUGUUGUUACUCUGCAAAAGAGGAGUGGGAGAAGAGGGAGGCUGAGCUUAUUUAGGCCAAUUAAUUUCUUUGUUAAUCUCAAGUUGAAGAUAAUUAAAUUUACAGAAAUAAAUCCAAUGUUUUUUUCCUUUUGCACUCCAGUGGCUAUUGUAUGUAUGUUCCCGCAUUAUCAUGCAUUAUUAACUUGUUUUGGAAGGAGAUUUUUUCAGACUCUUCCUCAGUUUUUAAUCUAAUCUGAACUCAGCAGUAAUAUUGUUAUCUUACUUUGGCUUGGCUCAUGUUUCCCUUUUAUUACUGUACAGUUUUUUUUUCACUGUAAAACACACAAAGAACAAACUAAUUCUGGCUGCAUCAUGUUUAAGAUGACUCAUUUUUGGAUUGAAUGUGAUCUCUAAAUGUUGCCAACACUGAACCAGUAACAUAGUGUCCUCUUGUUUCUGCUGUGAUUUAAAGUUAUUACUUUAUAUUUUAAGCCUGGUUAUUUGCCUCAGUAAAGGUUAUAGCUUCCCUGAGGCAACUCCACUGCUGAGCAUGAUUUUUUAACGUAUUGUCACAAUUUAUUGUGCACAGAUUUUAUUGGUUCUCUUUAUUUUUGCUGAGCUUUUGGUUUGGGUUUUCCCCCGGGUAUUACAGGGGGAAUUGUAAAUAAUGGUCCUCGCUCAGCUAAAGGUGGCUUUGGUGUAGGUGUAGGUGGUCAUAGCAGAUUGUGUUAUUGAGUUUAAAGUUUCCAUUAUAGAUCUUUUAAAUUUGAGAUUUGGUGGGAGUAACAAAAUAAAAGUUUAAAAUGAUCUUUUAAGACGGCAAUACCGAGAGAUAUUAGAUCAGAAACUUUUUGAAAACACUUCAAACUUACAAAUAGAUUGGUGUGUAGUCAUGAAGUUAGUGUGGCCUCAAAGUAGAUGGUAUUGCAAAAAUUGUACACACGACAUUCCAGUUUAACCAAAUUUAAAUGGAUAUUUUUUUAUCACCUAGUAUGCUUUGCAUUACAUUCCAGUUUAACAUUAAUUUAAAUUGAUAGUUUUUAUCAGUUAAUAUGCUUCGUAAUACUGCCUGGGUAGAAUAUCCCUAGAGGGAGAACAAUAAUUAAACUCAGAUGGUCAAUCGAAUUAAACUUUAGUAUAUAUUUGAGAUUCCUGUGCUCUAGUAUUCUGUCACACAUUUUUAUUUUUUUAUUUUUUUUGUAAAGAUGAAAUAAAUUUGUAGAUGACAAUUUUAUGAUUUAAAUGAGCUUGUCUGGUCAGCUCAACAUGUCCUAAGGGGUGCGUGCUGAGCUGCUGCUAACUUUCCUCAUCUUGUUUCUUUUGAUUCAAAACCACCCUUUUUAUUUUCACUCUGAAAUGUUUACACACACUGCCACUACAGCGCCUGCUGCGGUCUGUUUAAUAGGGUUUGCUUGACGUCAUCUUGCAUUCAUAAAGGAACCAGUUUAGCGUAGCUGACUGAUGGGGGUCAUUGCAAUGGUUCAAAGGGUCAGUACAAGAAGUACUGAGGUAUCUUUCAGCCCUUUGGACACAGGUUUUGAGUUGAAACUUCUCUUACAAGCAUAAUACAACCUUUGCCCAUAGUUUGAAGUGUGGCUUCAACAUUCCAGCCCAACUGCUUCACCAGAGUUAGAAUAACAAUCAAUAUAAAACCCCAUGCCACAGAAAUCAAUAGCCGUGGCUGUAUGUAUUAUGCUACAGUGAAUGCUGGUGAUCUGUGCAGUUAUUGAUGUUUUUCUCUGGACAUGCAUAAUAUGCACAAUCACAUGUGAAUAGAUGCCAGACUAGGAAUGUUCAAAUAAUUUCAUAAGCUGAAAAUAUACACCUGUAACCGUACUGAUCUUUUUAGCGCACAACAAGCGGGUGUCCACACUCUUGCAAUGGUCCCAGACAUGUGAAGUCAGUCUGAGAGUAUUUCUGUGAAUAGUCUUUGAACUGCUGCCACUUUAAUCCCCACGACUGUCGUGAAACACUUCUAGUAGCUGCAAUUUAUUCUGCAGAAGGGCAGAAAAAGCCAUUAUUUAAAAGCAGACAUCCUACAGAGAUAGAGAGACAUGAAGUAUGAGGUGAUAAGACUCUGCACCCUUUCUAAGGCAUGGAGCAGCAUUUUUACUCAGAUGCAGAUAAAAAUGACAAAUACUAAUUUAUGGUGUUGUUCCAGAGAUAUGAUGUGUAUGUUCAUGCUAUUCAUAUUUCAGCAUUACAUGCAGCGAUAGGAUCACAUUAUGCGGAUAGAAGUGACGAUGAAUUUGAUGAGGGAGGCUAUGGGGUGACUGUGUUGUAUGUUGUCAGGGCCAAAGAAUUAUGGCAUAAGAAACUAAUGAAUAAAUGAAUGAACAGACAGCAAGACAGACAGGGAAAAAAAAGUACAGUCCAAAUCAGAGUCUAAACCAAAAGCUUUGCUCUCUUGACAAGUCUUUGGUUGAAUACUUUGGUGGUGAAGAAAGACUGUGGCAUUUCUCUGGUAAUUUUGGAGAAUGAUGGUAUUUUACGAUGAAAUCAGCUCAUACAGUUUAGAGGUGGGAGAAAAAAUCCAUACAGUUUAGUAUCGUGAUAUCGUGAUAUGAUAAGUAUCGAUUUUUCAAAUUAUUUGCUAAUAUAAAUUAAAAUCUCUGAUAAUAGAAAAAUAAAAUCAACAGUUUGUCCGGUGAGGUUGGCAGAGGUGACAUCUUAGGGCAGGAGAAAGUUAGUACAACAAACAUAUAAAAGGUUUGCAAGAUGUGCUACAUGAAAAUAAAAUACAGAGUAAAUAAGACAAACAUAAAGGAAAGAUGAAUGCUGAAUUAGCUUAACAGUUGAAAAAUUGUAUAAAUCGCAAUAUAUUGUAUCGCAAUCCUCACUGUUUUGCAAAAUGUUAAAAAUUGCAAUAAUAUCGUAUCGUGGCCCAAGUAUCUUGAUAAUAUCGUAUCGUGGGGCCACUAGUGAUUCCACCCCUACCAAACAGACACUAGUUAGCAGCUUCAUGAUGCUGACAAUGCCACAGUCUGGCGUCAUUUGCUUUGUGUUUUUUGUUGGUUUUUGUUAAACCAAAAAACAAAGCAAAAAUAAAAAAAAAUACAGACAGCAGAUUUAAAACAUUACAAAGUCUCAGAGUCACAUUUAAGAAGUUUUUUGGAAGAAUUUGAGAAAAAUAGUGGGUAUGUUGCAAGAAUAAAGUUGUAAGGAAAUCAGGUUGUAAAGUUACAAGAGUAAAUUCACAUUGUUAUAAAAAUAAAGCCACGAUAAAAUUGUUGUUUCGUUUUUUUGAUUUUACAUUGAGACGUCAGCUGCCUAUACCCAAAGAGAGGACGUGCAGCGUCUCAUGCUGUAAUUGUUCGCAGUGUUUUGUCAUCUCAUCACCACAUUGUUACAAGUAUGAGGCUCUGAAAAGACUGCAAAAAGCUGAGGCAUGUGGCAUCCCCAUUCACAAACAGCAUUUGGCUAAUCACCAAGUUAAUUACUUUAUUUUGUAAUAUAAGGACUUUACUCUCAUAUUCCGAUUUUAUUAGGCCUUUAUUCUCAUAAUAUUUUAACUUCAAUAUGACUUUAUUCUCCUUACGAUAUGAGUUUAUUUUUGUGAUAUUGUGAUUUUAUUUCCAUACAACUUUAUUCCUGUAACAUAACGACUCAAAGUCCAACAAAAUGCAAAUCCAAAAAACAAAACAGUGGCGGCAGAGAAGAAUACAGUAGCACUGGGAAUACACAAGAUGACGCCAAAACAUGGACAGGCUUAGACAAUGAACCAACAAAGAAGGAGGGGAAGACAGGGGCUAUAGACACGCACGGGGUAAUGAGCAACAAGAGACAGGGGAGACAAUAAGACACAGGUGCAGACUAUUGCUAGGGAAGGAAAACACAGGAAGUCAAACCAAACCAGACACACAAGAAGAAGGAACUACAAAAUAAACCAGGAAGCACUAAAAGCUAACCACAAGAAUAAAACACUUUUAACAUGAGGAGAACAGGAUCAUCGAAACACUGAGAACACACAUGAAACAGGAACGAACAUUGUGGAACUACACACCAAAAAUACAAAUGAAGGAAGACAACAAAACCACAAGAAUUAUUGUUUUAUACAGUCACAUGUCCACAAUUGCACUGAGGUUACAUCCCUAUUUCUUAUCAAUAACAAGAGAGAAAAACGGUUCAUGAACUGAAUUUCUCUGGUCAUAUGUCUAUUCAAAAUGCUCUACACAUGUCCCAUUCAUCCUUUCAUACAUAUGCUCAUACUCUGAAAGCUCUGCUAUGUAAAGUGGUUAUCUGCCCACCAGCACUAACCACGCUUACACACAUUAAACGCUGCUGGCCAUGCCUUUGGGAGCAGCUUGAGGUUUAGUGUCUUGCUCAGUUCAAGCAGACUGGAGAGAGCUGGGGAUAAAACCACCAACCUAUGGACCCACAAGUAAGACAGUGCAACAUGAUCCACAAUCAGUUUGUACUGUGUUUAUAUCAGUGUUGUGUUAUGUCUCAAACAAUGACUCGUAAACCCACCAAUCAAUGACUGUCAUCAUCACUCUUAUCCCUCAAAGUUGUGUUUCAGGGGACAUGUUGGUGUAGUUCGAAGGCAUGAUCCAAAUAGGCGGGGAAUAUAUAUAGAAUUUUAGGGGAUUAAUGUAUGGUCAAACACACCAUAACACUGAGAUAGACACCCCCUCGAGAGAUGAAUAUUGCUGACUCCUCGCUUCUCUCAUACCAACUUCAGAAAUACGAUAGCAAUACACAGCGGUCUAUGGAGCCACACGCACACCUCAACCAAAAAGCCACUCUAUAGCCACAAAUAAUGCUCAGAACAGCACCUAACUUCAUCAACAGUACAUGUAGGGUCCCAACCAUAGCACUAGUCACCAAACAUCUUUUUAGCUUUGCCUGAUUUCUUUAGCAAAGAGACUAAACACAACUCACCCACUCUCCUCCAGCAGCCGCUUGUUUGUGGGGGAGCCCUGACGAGUGCGGUAUUACUGUGUGUUUGACCAUAACUUAAAUUUACGCAGGAAUAUCCCUUUAAGUUACCUUGGUUCAAUCGGGGGGUUGUGGGUAUUAAGUAGGAAGGCCUUGUGCAAUGAGGAUGCAAGUUCCGUCCUUCUUAUACGACAAUCUCAAAAUCGAUGGUGUCCUUAAUGAACAACAUGAGAUUUUCAGUCUUUGCUGUGUUUUCCAACCAUGCACUGAUUAUGAUCAUCCAUGUCCAUGAUAACGCUGUAGUGCUCAGAGUAAUCUUUACAAACUUCAAUCUGAUGUUGAGGCUUUAAGAGGUCACUCAGAUGGGCCACACGACCAUUGAACAGGGUUUUGAUUGAUCUGUUUGUCAGUGUGGUUUUUCCCUCUGCUGAUUGCGCUGCCUGUUAACUGGUUAAGGGUCAGAGUGAUCAGACUGUAAAAUAAUACUCAAAAACAGACCAAAGUAAGAAUGAUAUAACUAUUUAACUUUAAUUAACUCUUAGAAAAGUUAGAUAGAUGCCUGUUUAGUAAACUUUUCAAGCCACAAAUCUUUGUCACAUAAUAAUGGGUAAAGUGAUGGCUUGGCUUGUGCCUAGCUUUUUUUUAGCCGCACCCAUGCCAAGGGUUCUUCCUCUGUCAUUGUGCAGCUGCAGCCUCUGGUUUUCCUCAUUUUUUAUUUUUUUUGCCAGCGCUGAGUGAUGAUCCACAUGCUGGUCAGGGAUGUUCGGAGGAGCCCUGAAGCCUGCUGGCCUGUCAAAGAAAUGUGACAGUGUCCUGUGUGCAGGGACAAACUGGAGAGUGUAGCCUGCAGCUCUCAAUCACUCCGGGGGCUGGCAGAGACACCCACAGGGAGCUGUCUGCUCUCUCUUUCAUUUAUCUCUUUCUCUUUUACCCUCUCUAUCGUUCAUGUUUCCUCAUUUUCUCAAGCUCUUUCCUAUUUGGUCCCUUGUCCCUCUUUUUCUCUGUCUGUUUCAUGCUCCAUUUUUUCACGUCAGCCUUAUCUGUAUCAGCCUGUAGUUCACAGAUUUUACAUACUCACUUCUUUUUACUUGUUUCGUUGCCACGCGCUGUCUGCGUCAAUAUCCGACCCAAUCCAUUGCCUGGCUGAGGCUCGUUCCGCGAGCACACAUAUGCACACAUCCACCCACCCACCCACGUAUACACACACACACAUAAUUAAACAGACUGGCACCCACAUGCUCAAACUCCCCCAACACACAAACAGAGUUUAACACAGCGUAUUUUCUAAUGCGCAGCUCCAUUUUUAGGAUAUAUAAGCCUUCUUCACAGCAGCACAGUAGCCCCACACAAUACAAGAGAAUGAGGAUUUUCUAUUAGAUUUGUCUGGAGAGAGAGAGGGAGGCCGAGAGUUUCCUUCAUUUAAAAUGUUCUGCACUGAGGCUUUUCAAUUUGAUUAUGAAGCUCCAUUUCAUAGAGGCUGGAUGCUGCAUGCCAUUCAGAAUGAAACUGAGCCGUCGGUCGGCUGGGCCGGCAGCCUCCCGAUGUCUCCUCUGCAGGGGUAUCAGGGGACGGCAAGGGCGACACUGGCCCGCUGUGCCCUUUCGGUACAUUGUUCAGUUGGGUUUUAGGGGGAAGUGUGACAGGGGCUGGGUUGCUGGCUAAGUGGGAAGGAGGAUGGAAUUGAUUGAAACUGUGAAAAAGUCUGAGGGAAAAGUGAGACGUACUUCUUGUCUUUGGUACAUUUUGUCUCCCCUCCUUGUAAUUUCUGUAGAAAUAUAUGUGUCGCACCAUAACAGGUAUGUCAGUGUCCAUGCAAACUGACUGAUUGGGUGAUUGCCCAGUUCUGGGUCACUCCUGACCUGCUUCAGUGACUGAUGAACACGAGAAACAGGUAACUAAAGCUUAGGAUGUAACAGCAGCACUGCUCCCCUGGCAUCCAUCAUUAAUCCUCUUCUUUUACCUCAUCCGAGCAACACUUCCUGGAGCGUUCUCCUUUUACAUCCCAGGCUCUUGGGUGGCCUUAGAUUGUCACAACAUGGCUCUUCAUCUCUGAUCUGUUGUUGUGUAAUUGGUCACUGGAAACCAAAUUAGCAGUAUCUGAAGUGUCUCAUUUUUCAGCUUUUCUCUUUGCAGUAGAUCAGUGUAGAAAGAUUUACUGUUUUGGGGGGUAAGGGUUUGGAUUUCUCUUUUCAAACCAAAGGGAAGUAAUCCUUUCUUUACGGACGUGUGGAGUAAUCAAUCAUUUAUUAGAAUCUCAGAGUUCCCCUGGCUGUAUUAAGUUCUCACCUUGAGUCAAUACCAACAAUGGCUCUGACAUCCUUGUUGAUACCACAGUGUUUAUAGAUGCUGUGAAACUUAGCCAUGGUAGAAGAGAAGUUCAUUUCCUUGUAAUGUAAUGUAAUGUGAUUGAGAGGGUUUCCCGUUUGGUCUAUUUGAAUUUAACAUAGUUUUAUUUAAGUAGUAGUUAAAGAUCGUAAUAUAAUAUUCUGGUAAAGUUAUUUGACAGUUUCUAUGGAUGCUUUACUUGUUAAAUUUGUUCAGAAAAAGGAAUGCUCCGAUUAUGGGAUGGUCCUUUACAAUGAAUUUCCUUGCAGUUUUAACUGAAACUCAAAUUUCUGAUAAUCCAACGAGUCUAAAGGUAAAUAAAAAAUUAGGAAACUCUCAAAACUGAGCACAAGUCAAUCAACAACACAGCUAAACAAAAGGUCAUGGAGUCAGGAUAAACAAUGUCAAAUUGGAUUAUUGAAAGUCGCUAACAGUAGCAGAGCUAGCACCACCUCUCUGCAGGUUAAUGUUCUCAUUCCUGUGCUAGUUAAGCAACGCUUCAAUUGGCAUUAUAUGUCCAAUGUUAAAGAGAUUUUUUAUAUCCAUCCAAUCAACUGCUUGUUAAUGUGUGAACCAGUUAAAGCGAUGCUGUAAAGCUUAUAGUUUAAUCUUUAAAAAGAUACAGAAUCAAUAGAAAACCAAAGGCAUUAGGUUGUUGUGAUGCCUCUGGUGUGUUAUCGGUUUAUUGAAAACUUUGACAAAACAUUUGUAAGUUUGCUAGUAUUAUGAAUAUUUUAGCCAAAGGGUUACUGUAUUCUAGUUAUUUAGAAAAUUCAUUCAGGAGAUUGAACACAUUCAGAAGAUUAUAGGUUUUGAUUUCAUGGUAAUAUUUAGUUUGUUUUACCAUAUUCACAGAUGACAGUUUGAUUCAUCAAAAAAUUUUGGAUAUGAAGAGCUUCUCCUGAUUCUUCAAAAUUUUAAAUUUUAAUGCUAUAUUGCGUUCUACACAGUAGAACGUGUAAGUUUACUCAUUGUCACUGCAUCUGAUUGUAAAAAUCCAUUUUCUGUGAAAGUGACAAUAAGACGUUUAUUUUACUCAGCCUUUGAAGGAACCAUUUUUUGAUCACUUUGCAGAAUCUAGAAGUCCCUGUUCUAUUUUUACCCUCAAACAAAGACCAGCAUCUCCGCCAGUCCUGCCAUAUCAGCAUCUAUUUCUAGAGUAUUUCCUGUCAUUCAAACUUAAAGUUCACUCACUGCUCCGUCUUCAAAAGUGUAGAGAGGUCCUAAUGGUGCAGAUUAAAAAGCAAUUUAAUACAGAAAAGGGGAUUAGAAACACUAUGGGCUGCACUAAUCCUUAACCUUUACUCCUGUUCUCAUGGAGCCACAAUAUGUGCAAGACGAUAGCAUCACAGGACUGGAGUUGGUAAAUUUCCAUUAGGGCUGCCCUUCUUUAUUCCCACCAGCACAUUUAAAGGCAUUAGGCAUGCUUUGUUGAGGCUAAUAAAAAGGACCAGCAGUGCUAUCACACACCCUCGACUUGUUUCGGAAAAGGCACUGUUCCAUGUGAAGUUUUCAUAACCCAUUAUGAUAAUCUGGCUGAGUCUCUGAAGGGCAGGGGAUAGACAGGCAGAUAGAUGCUUCUGGGGUGACUGCUCCACAGACUCUGCAGGGAUAGAACAUUUUCUGACUGUCUGCAUAACCAGGACAGAAAGUCACUCCAGCUGCCAAAGAAGAGCAGGAAUAAUAGACAACUCAAUGCCAGAAGAGAGGUGACUGCAUGGCAGCAGGUCAGACAAAAGCAAGGAACAUUUUGUUCAAGUGAUGAAGUAAAACGAGAGUACGUCUGAGUUUAUGUUGCAUCUCACUCAGAUUAAAAACUAUACGUGCAAAAUGCAGCGGUCAGACAAGAUGUUUCUGCAUGCCUCUCUCCAUUUUAAACUUCCUCACAAUCUGAAUAAACAGAAUGAAGGGUGUACGUUAAUUUUUGACAUGGUUGUUUUUGUUAAAUAAAGUGGGAGAACCACAUUUGGUCUCAUCUGAUGUCAGAAAGUCUGCAUUUCUUUUUCUGCGUUCUGUUUGCCUGCUUCUAAUCUCUGCAGAGGAAAAGAGUGUUUCUUUGAUAGGAAACAGGGUCAUGCCGAACAUGAAUCUUUUAUAUCUAAAUUUGUGCAGUGCAAAGAUUCAAUUCUCUGCACUUUGUAGGGUCCACCCUUAGUUAUAUGGUUUUAUUUAUACAUCAAAGACCAUUUAUUAUUUAUGUGUUUGUGAACCAUCAAACUCUGAUACAAUUUUCCCAAGAAAAAGCUGAUACACAUGAAGGGAACUGUCAAAUAAAGGGAGUUUUUGACCGUGGUGAUGGUUAAUGUUCAUCAAAGUGGGGGUGUGGUAAAAUGGAUGUGAUCCAUUACCAUGGUAACAAGCUUGGUACUCUGGCAUUUUCCAAAACAGUGCCUUUGACAUAAAAUGAGAAUGACUUUUACAGUUUUAAAGAGGUGGAUUUCUUCUGGGGUUUUGCCCCCUGGCAUCUCAGGGCUGUCUUGGCAAUAACCCUCGCUCAGACAUCAAGGGGUUGGCGUCGAUACUCGACUUCCUUUUAGCUCCUCUCCCAUUUCAUGCUACUCUUUCUCCCUAAGAUUCGGUUACUGUGAAUUAAGGCGAGAUGAUCAAUUUAAUUUUGAUAUCAAAUGCAAUUUUGGCUAUCCAUGACCGUAAAGGGAAAAUAUCAAGAUCAAACAACUACUGUGCCACCUGCCAUGUUGUACUCUGUUUUUCCAGUGGCAAAUGUAGCUCCAGGUCAGGGUCUUUUAAACUUGUUUUGACAGUCAGGUGAAGAGGGCUCCAUGUCCAGGGCUGGGCUAACAGUUUGGGGUUCCAACCUUGUCCUUGGGCUCCUAUUUGUAGAGUCUUAUAUUGAUUCAGGAUUGGGCUAAUGAUGUCUCUAAAGAGGCUUACUCCAGCCCUCCACAACUGUCCGCCUCUCUUCUCCGAGCUUAAUAGUUUCUGGCUGCAGAAUAUUCUCAUCGUGAUUUGGGAGUGUGAAAAAAAUGCAGGUGCUGAAAAAUGUGUUAAGUGGUGUUAAGUGGAGACUACUGUAUUCCUAACAUGUUGUGCCACAACAGUGCAGACCACCAUGCAGCCACAGGUGGAGGAAGUAAAGCUGUGUAGCACUGCUAGGGGGCGGAGUGGGAAAAGCAGCUGUGUGUGUUAGUAAAGCAGAUUGACAGAGUGAGCAUGAAGAGAGAGUGUGUAGUAGGGCUGGGUGAUAAACCAAAAGUAUACCAAUACUGAAAUUUACGACAGUGACUGACGUCAUUUUGCCCAUAUCGGUAUAUUCGGUGUCAAAAAAAUAAACAAAUGUUGGUUUCGGAUGCGUGUAGGUAGGCACUGAUUUUCAAGCAGUGGAUCAACUUGGAAGUGUAUCUUUUCACAAAAUGUUUGGUGUGGGUCUCAAGGAAUGCGAUAUGUCCUGUUAUGACUUUUGCCAUGCCCACCACUAAUAGUACUGAAUCAUUUGCCACAAAAUAGUCUGUGAAAUCAGUUGCACAUUAAUGUUGUUAGGAAAUAACUCAAAAUUUUGAGAAAUGGCGUUAUACCCUUGAGUUGGUUAGGGAGGGAAGCUGUUUGGGUUAUACUGUCAUUUGUAUAAAUGCGCAAGUGCUUUUUAUAUCUACUAGCCUGAAGGGUGGGGGGGACUCCACAAGUGUUAACAAGAGGUCAGCUUAUAUGGAAGUACCUAAUAAAAUGAACCUACCAUUUAUUUGAUUAAACCUGAGUUGGUAAAGUCAUUAAAAAAAGUGAAUAUUAUUUGCUUGUUCCAAGUCUGGGACACAAUGAUGCUCAGCUGUUAAGGACCCCAGUAUCUGUGUAUUAUUGUAGUCAAUGUAGUUUGCUGUGUUUCUAAGACUCACACCAAGAUAUCAACCGACUUGCUUGAAUAAACAUACUGAGUACAUCUUCUCACUAUCCCACAGUCUUACUGAUGCACCACAAUGGCCUCAUUCUCUCACUGGCUAAAAUUACUGUCUGAGUUAGUCAUCCUCCUUAUCAUGGUCAUUAAGUACGUGUGGCUCUGAGGCUUUGCCAUCUUGUGAUCUUGGUGAUCUCGAGACAACAAACACAAAGACUUCUCAGCCAGGAUCAUCACAUGGUAUCUCUUAGCUACACUCUUGCUAGCAUGGGGGGUAGGGAGUUGUUAGUCCAAAAAACAUAUGAUCAUGGUGGCCCCUAAACAGUGCACACCCCUAAACAACGGUUACGUCCACUUCUUAUUUACACUGAGCACUAAAUCUGUCUGCUUUUAUAACCAAAAUUGUUUUGCAAGCUCCUUCCCUCUCUCUGCCCUCUCCAGAUCCACAGAGAUGUAACUCCCACAUCAAUGAUCUAUUUAAAGUCUCAAACAGGAUGCGUCUCUUCAUUCUACUGUCGGUUUUUACACCUUUUUUGUUGUGAUAGUAUUGUAUUUAUCACUCCUCUUCCUGUUCGCAGGCCACUACUGAGCAGAAGAAGCUGAGCCAUGCUGGAUCCAAGCCCUCCCUCUCUGAGAGCAGUGGCAGACUCCCUCAGAUAGCCAUGAACACCUGCAAGUACAAUGGCGGAGUGGUGAGACCACUAGUGGGCAGCCUGGCGUCCUCGUCGCGCCGCAACCUUGCGGAGCUCGACUCGGAGACACAGCCCUUGCAGACGCUGCACAGCUCUGGCCUGGAGGUGGUGGUGUCCAAGGGCAACGGCGGUGAAGACCCCAGCAAGGCGUCCAACGAGAGCCUAGUCAGGGAGGGCAGUGGGCGCGGAGGAUGCAGGGCGCCGCAGAAGAAGAACAGGGACAUUGGCUACAAGCUUGGCCACAGGAGAGCGCUGUUUGAGAAGCGGAAGAGGCUAAGUGACUACGCGCUCAUCUUUGGGAUGUUUGGGAUUGUUGUCAUGGUGACAGAGACAGAGCUGUCAUGGGGGGUUUACACUAAGGUAGGUUGUGCAUGUGUGUGAUGCAUGAGUGGGAGUUUUGUGUGUUGUCAUUGUUAUUGUUGGUUUUUUGAUUAGUGUGGGGUUGGCAACUGUCAGACCAGUGAAGAGUGAUUAUUAGCACAGACACUGACGUACAUGAUUGAACAAAGGUGCUGGGAAUAUGCACGGAUAGAAAGAAGUAGCAUGUGAUCUGGUGUGUGACCAACAGCAUAGUUCAGAGUUUGCCCUUUAAAAAUGUUUUAUGCAAAAUGAUCUUGAUUACAAGCCUGCCUUUGUGAGGAGUUUUUUUAUUCAUUUUUGGCAACUCAAAGUGAAUGGAGUUCAGCCAGAGGAUUUGUUUCCACUACUGGCACCAUAAUGGCUUUUUGUCAGUCUCUUUGAAGCUUUAUUCUAAAACCACUACUCUCACAGCAUAAGUGCAAGAUAGGGGGACAGAUAGUCUGGGAUAAGGAGUAAAGAGAGACUUAGAGUGACACAGACAAGUUGAGAUGAGGAAGAACAAUGGCAGAAAGAAAAGGAAGUUCUUUAGAGCCUUAAACUGCACAUCUGCAACUUAAACCAGCACAUCAGAGACAAGACAGCCAAACACGCUGCAGUAUCACACUAGAGCCUUAAACAAGGACGUCAGCAGGGGAGUAAGGUCCCAGGGUCGUUGUGACCAGGUCAUCACCCUUUCACCUUUUUGUCCUCCUGCAUCAGUCAGCCAUUUCUGCUGGGUCAGGUAUUUUGGGAAAAUGAUUGUCCCCCCACUGCACACAGAGCAGCUUCUACAAGGCUGUUUACCGGUGAGGUGACAUUGCAGUGCACUGCAGUGAGCAGGGUCACAGUCUCAUCUUUCUCUGGAAAUAAGACCUUUCUCUAAACAUCACACUCCUCGUGUAUCGACAAAAAUAUGCUGAACCGGAGACAUUUAGGGAGCUUGCAUGUUCAGAAAAUCGUCAUGGUUUUUUUUUUAUGUACAAAAUUCACUUCAAAGAAAACAUGGAUUUUCACUCACUAGCUUUAAGAUGUGACUAUUUCACGCCAGCUACUUCUUCACGGUGUGUUCACAGUGGCAUAAAUUUAAAGUCAUGCAUUUGGCAGCAUAUCUAAAAUGCUUUUUAAGGCACCAACUAGUUACAAACUUGAAUUGCACUUGAUAUCCUUAAUACUUAAUCUGAAGUAUUUUGUGCUUGUUUGAGUAUGUUGUGUCCAUAGUGAUUAGCAGAAAAUGAAAAAAUGAAAACAUCAAACAGAAAGAGGAAAAAAACGAAAAAAAUGUAACCAGACAGAAAAGAAAAUUUGCGAGCAGGUUGCUGGUGCUACAUUUUUUGAUUAUUUUCUCAUAAUGUUGAUUGUUAGCUCUUUUUUUUAAAGCCACUAAAGAACUAAAGCAUGCUUGUGUUGUAGAGAAUAGAGCAUUUUGCCUCCUCUAUAGUGCUGCUGAAAUUAAAUAACCCUGUGGAUUAGACCAGACUCAAAUGUAGAUUAGACUAAAACAAGCUUUAGAUAAAGGCUUAAACAAACAAACCAGCUGUUUUUUUCUUCCUGUGGUGAUGUAAUUAGAAUAUUUUAAUGGGUUUUUGAUCACAGAUAGAUAUAUGUAAGUGAGAGUGUACUAUAUAGUAGGUCAGAGUGGUAAUCUAUAGGCUGAUUUAUAGGGUUUUAAGAAAGUCAAUAGGUUUGUCUGUGGCUGUUACUGAGUGGGGUGUAGUCCAUUCAUCAGGCCGACCUCAACUGAAAUUGAAAUGACCUUCCAUCCCUGAGUGGCACAGCACCCUCCCCCUCCCCCAUCAGACAGGUAACAUGUGCUGUGGAUGGUCCACUUUCUGUCUCAUGUCUCAUCACGCUGCAGACACUUGAGGCUCAGAGAAGGUUUUCUUAGCCCCGAAGGAGGGAAACACGUAAAGAGGUGGUGAGCACUGGGACUGGAAAAUCCUUGAACCUCUGGCAGGUGGAUUAAUUAGUUUACUCAAUAUUAUUUCACCGGGGACCUCUCAAAACAAUUUCAGGCGUUAGAAUGUCUUGAGAACGUGUCGCCGACCUGAGGGGCAAAGUAAUCUAGUUGAUAGCUAAAAAUAAAUUCUGUAAUAUGGACCAACGAAGGACAGAGUAGUACUAAGCAGCUCCUGCUGUCAUUUCACCGGCGAUUAUGAGCGAUAUUUCCACUUGUUGUUUUUGUCAUUCGUUGUUUUUGUCAUUUGUUGUCGGUGUCGUUACGAUAACAACAAGCGGGGAUCAUUAGCCUGCUGCAGAGAGGCUUUUUUACACCAGGGCUGUUAACUUGAUUUAUCAAAUGGCAUUUUUCCAACAUAAAGGGGGGGACUUAAGUAGUACAGGUCCUCAUUUCCUAGAUCUAUGGUCCCCAUGUAGACACAUACACAAACACACGCUCGCACACACAUCGCCGCAGCAACAGAAUCCAGCUGGCCUAUUUAUCAUCAGCGAUACUCGCCGUGGUGGCCCCCCUGCUAAUGCUAGCCUUGCCUUUCCCGCACCCAGCAUUAAGUGGAAAGUCCCCCUGUUAGUGCUGGGCUUUGAUUAAUUGGUAGUUUAGAUGGUGGGGAACAGCUUCCGUGGAUAAUACCAGGCUGCACCUACACCUGCAGCUGCAUUGUUUCACAACAUCCUGACGGUGCUGUUUGUGUGUAAAAGCCCCAUUAUCUGCUCUCACUUAGACUUUUAAGCUAAUAAGCACUGUGUGUGCAUGUGUGUGUGUGUCUUUUUGUGUUUGCAUGGCUAUUUAUACCACAGUAAGAGUACCUGCAUUUGUGUGUUUGUUGUUGAAAAAAACUUGAAUUAGAAGUCUGUAAAUUUAUAACUCAACACUGACUGAUCUUGAAUUCUUACUUACACUUAGGACUCUCAGCUUUCACUUGAAAUUUCCUCUUUUACUCAACUACCCCCAAUUCACCUCGUUGCUUAGCAAUAUUAAGCAGCUCUGAAAUCACAGGUUGAGUGGUGAUAAGUCUCUAAUGGGGCUAAAUUUAGAAAGUGAAAGUAUGGAAAAUGCCAUCCAUGAUGAAUACAGUUUAACAGUUUGUCUUGAUAUUUCCUUGUGUAAGAAAAAUAUGUGAUUAUUUGAUAAUAACUUUGCAAAUAUAACUAUCAUAUUUCUAAUGUUUUUUUUCUCUCCAUAUCUCUUUCUCUGACCAUAGGAAUCUUCAUACUCAUUUGCACUGAAAUGCCUUAUCAGCCUUUCCACUGUUAUAUUGCUUGGUCUUAUAAUAAUGUACCAUGCCCGGGAAAUCCAGGUGAGUCCAAAACAACAGAUUUAUACAAUUUGAUCCACAAUUUGUUUCGUUUUUUAUUAUAAUUUCAUUUUGCAUGGAGACUUAACUGAAAAAGUUCAUCACUAUUACAUACUGCAAAAUCUUUUUUUAUUUCAGGCUUAAAGGUGGCUCCUGUGAAAAAUCAGUGAUUGAUUUGAGUUGUACACUGAACUACAGUGCCCUUUACAGUAAUUUGUCAAAAAAAUUAGAAGAAGAUGACUGUUUUCUAUAUUUUUCCUCCUUCAAAAUACAAGUCUGUCUGAUUACUGUCCAUCUGUUCUUCAGAAUUGUUAACUACAGCGCUGAUUUGAUGAGAUUUCUUUCUAUCUUUAGAUGUCCUGCUUGGUUUAUAAUCAAAUAAGAUUCCAGAUUAAGUAUAAUUUUAAUCUGAUUUAUCUGAACACUUUUGUCGCAUUUAAAUGUAAUCGAAUUUAUAAAUCAUGAGGAUGAGUGAAUCUCUGUACCAAAUGGAAAAUUGUCUUUGUCCCUGAUUUGGUGCACAUCUUUCAGUAAUUCAUCACGACUUAUGCAGAUCAUGACUCCAAUUUCAGACAAAAUAUGUGGGUUUGAUUUAAAUAAUGUUUGUCUCUCAAGCUCGCUUUGUAAUGAUGAUUACCUUGAAGGUGUUGGGGGUUGAAGAGGAUUGGAAAAUGCUGAAAUGCCAAACUUUCACAAAGCAAACUUCAGCAAAGACAUUAAAUGUCUGAAACAAAACCUCAUUCUGUAUCUGUUCAUCUGCAGCUGUUCAUGGUGGACAAUGGUGCGGACGAUUGGAGGAUAGCCAUGACCUAUGAGCGAAUCUUCUUCAUCGUGCUGGAGCUGCUGGUGUGUGCCAUCCAUCCCAUCCCGGGACAGUACGUCUUUACCUGGACGGCGCGGCUGGCCUUUACCUAUACGCCGUCGGUGGCGGAUGCAGACGUGGACAUCAUUCUCUCCAUCCCCAUGUUCCUGAGACUCUACCUGAUAGGCAGGGUCAUGUUACUCCACAGUAAGCUCUUCACAGACGCUUCGUCCCGCAGCAUCGGCGCCCUCAAUAAGAUCAACUUCAACACACGCUUUGUCAUGAAGACCCUCAUGACCAUCUGUCCGGGAACUGUUCUGCUGGUGUUCAGUAUAUCCUCCUGGAUCAUUGCUGCAUGGACUGUGCGCGUCUGUGAGAGGUAAACACGGGGUUGUGAAUAAUGGAUACGUUGGGAAACAAAAUGGCUGGUGCACUAUCAUGCUGAUGUGGAUUACUAGUACUCUUUUCAGCUUCACUCUUGGCUUCUCGGUGUUAUCUUGUUUUCAGUUGCUCAUCUGCACUGGUUCACAGAAAUGUGUGGAAACAUCACUAUAGGUUACAUAUAAAUACUGUACAGGCAAGCCCUGAUGCGCCCAUAUACCACCCCGAUGCCUGAGUGUUCAAAACACCAUGGUAUUCGUUCCAGUGGCUCAGCUAUCGCUCCAUGACUCCCUACUCCCCAGUAUUAUUGCUAUUUCAAAAGCCUUGUCCAUAAUUCAUGAGUGUCUAAUUGUUUGUUUGCUGAAUGGUUUGUUUUGGUAAUGCAGAGCAGCCCUCAGGAUCCCCUAACCCGUUUUCUCCCCAAAACUGCACAUCGGGCUUCGUCUCAAGGGGGCAGCAACGAUUCUCACUGAAAAUGAAAGAGGCAGGAAAAAAAUUGAAAGCUUUUUUUUUUUUUCUAUUUGCAUUUGCAUAGGGAAAUGAGACGCUAAUGCCAGCUUUGAUGUCUUAAAGUCGUUUCUGCGUAGUUGGAGUAGAGGAGGGAGGGCUCGGGCUGGGUGGGUGGGGAGUGGAAGAUCUCUAGCUAAAGUCCCUGACAGACACAGCGUGAUCCUGCACAUUUUCAGCGCAGUAAAAGUCGAGAAACAGCUCACACUAAGGAAGAAAUCUACAGAUGCUCCGUAACCUCCUGCAGCUCACCUCCCCUGCUUUUACUAAGUACCUCCCCUCCCCUACCCCCCUACCCCCUCCUCUUAACUGCUCCCUGUGUUAACACCUGUCACUAACCUUAAACCCUCGCACGUCCAACCCUGGAUCCUCUCGGACUCUCCCUCCAGCUGUUUCAUGAUGGGUUUAAGCCUCGCAGAGUGAACCAGCAGUGAAAAGCUGAUGCGUUUGACCCUCUGGAACACAGACAGGACAGUGAGGUGUCACUUCAACCUUAUGUUGGCUCACAAUCAAAUCAACACACUGCCACAAUAAAUUAAAUAUAGCCCAAAUCUAUCGAUAAAUUCUACACACUCAUUUACUGCCCCUCUUUGUUAUUCUCAGCCGUAUACUGAACAGCGUAUUGGCAUCGUGGAAAAUUUCCUUUCUUGCCAAGAAGUAUAGGAGGAGAUUGAUGCCACUGUCAUUUAAUUAUGUUUGUAUGAUAAAUAUGUAACAAGCCGUUAACUUGAUUUAGAAAGACGUAAAUCAAACAUGUCAGGUAUAAAGCUUUUAAUAGGGAGCUAGAUUUAUGCCACUCUCAUAGCUAUACCAUAAAACAGGGAUGUAAUCUCUUUGAAAACAGACAAAUCAGAGUUUCUGAAGAUAUGUUCAGAUGGCAGACAUCAUAUUUGAAAUAAAGAGUCAGGCUAACUUUUGAUCGGUGUAACACAGACAAAGAGGUGAAGCUCAACAAUUAUCCGUCAACUCUUAUGUUCUCUUUUAUCUGAAUGAAUUCAUGACAAAAAAACUUCAAUUCGCCAAAUAAUAUCCUCAAGUUGUUGUUUUUUUGCACCAGGUUGCAAACAUGUUUAUUUCUAUGGUAAAAAAAAGGGAAUUUUACAUGUUUUAAAUGGACACUUAAGAACUGCUUUUUUCAUUUUUUUUUUUUUGUUCUUCUGCGCUUGCUUCACUUUUAAGCAACAGUUGCUCAUUAAACAGGUCCUUUAACAGGUACCCAGUUAUCUUAGCAAAAUGGCAUAAAACAGAGAGAAACAACUCUUCUGGUAAACACUUACUUAUUGAUCAGCUAACAGGUCUUAUCCUGUGUUCGAGUUACCUUGGAAGUCAGAUGUCGGAGCUGAAAAUGAAGUCACACCUGAGUUACCAGCGUUAUUUUAGCGCUUGCCUUGUCUGAUUAUAACAAGGACAAGGCAAGCACUAAAAUAACUUUCGUAGAUAUAGCCAGCUUGUUUCUGCCUCCUAUUUUGCUUUUUUCCGACUUGGUAACUGAAACGCUGGUAACUUGGAUGUGACGUCAUUUUCAGCUUCAACAUCUGACUUCCGAGGUAACUCAAACGCAGCAUAAAUUAAGCUACAUUUAGCUAUGAUACCAACAUUAAAAUGGUUUUUCAUCUUCUCCUUUAAGUCUAGGCAAGAAAGCAAAGAUUUUCCUAAAUGCCUAACUUCUUUGAAACUCAGAAAAGAAAAGUGUAGCUGAACGAUAAGGAUAAUGUAAACGUUUGGGGUCUCGCCUCUCUAUAGGACAACCACAGAACCUUAAGCGCAGUCUUAGUUCCUGACACUCAUACUCUGUGACACACUCUUUCCAUAGGCAGUGCAUGCUGUUAGUGCUUUGGCUUCAGUUGCAGAAUAACAUGUUGAGUUCUAAUGGGUGACUGAUUUGUGAGAGUAUGUCUCAAAACUAGCGCAAGUGUGCACAUGAAGGUGUGUGCGAGUGCAUGUGUGUGUGUGUGUUUGUAUAAUGUUUUGUUGUACUUUCUAUUUCCCCACUAUGCUGCUCCAUAGGGAUACCAUGUGAGUCCUCGUUCUCUAGCCGUGGAAAACAAAAGAACAACUUAUCAUUUUGCACUGAGCUGGCGCCACUACUGCCCCUUAGUGGGGUUUGAGGGUGGGGUGGCAUUCGGGGGGAAGGGGCGACCCCUCUGAAACAAUUAACCAUUGAUUAUUUACACACUUAGCAUGACAAAGAAGGAGUAGGUAGGCCCUGGAGUUGGCAUGUAAGUGGCACCACCCUUCUGCUGAGAAAACAGGCUUUUAGUGGCUGUAAGAGCACAGCAGACACCAAUGGUGGGAGCAGCACUUUGAAGCAAGCGUCUCUUUGCUAACUUAUUGUGAGUUAGGCUGAUAGGAGCUGGAGGAGGAGAUGGAGGAGGUGGAGGAGGAGGAGGAGGAAGAGGAGGAGGGGGAAAUUGAUGCUAAAAUGGAGCAGCUCCUUCAAGUCACCUUCAUGAACGAGCCAGAGGGCAAUUUGUCUUUUCUCAUACUUUCUCUCUAUCCUUAUGCAAUUGUUAUAGAUCCAUAUUACACAAAAAGUCUCUUUCGCAGCAACUCCAAAGAUUUGUCAAGAAGCAAAAGCCUUUCUGUUCUUUGUGUUCACACAUUACCAUCCCAUUAUGUGUCUCCCUUCACCAAAUUAAUUGAACAGUGGUGUAAUGGUUUGCCUCAGACUUUUGUUGCUUCUACCUCGAAGAAUCUUCUCUGGCUGUCAAGACGGUUUGUCUAAGUAAGUCUGAGUGUGGAAAAAGAGGACAAAUAGCAAGUAAGACUGCGUGCUCCGGGAUGUAAUAUUGGUCUAGGAAGGAACUGUAUAUAUGAGUAGUCUUACCCAAGAACUGAGAGCAUCACUUUCCAUCGUUGCACUGAUUUCUGGGAAUAAUGUAGUGCUGCUAGUUUUUGUUUACACUCAUGAACUGAAUGUCCUCAUCCCCCUUCGUCCCCUCCUCUGGUAAACAUCAAAACAGCAUGCAGGUUUUCAUGUUUACUGUAAAUCCCAUCAUUUGAAGCAAAAGAGAUUAAGAUUAAAAAGAGGGAUAAAGAAGAGGCGCUUGUUUCCCAAAGUGCUGUAUGUUACUUUCCUAUCUCCUGUUAAAUGCGCUGUUACACUGUCACAUUGACACGCUCCUGAGCCAAUCAAAGGGCAGUGCGGUGUGAGAUUGGACGAGCACGGAGUCUACCUGGAAAAUGCCUAGAUGGGGGGAAUGAAAGACACACAAGCAGGGAGAGGGCAGAGAGGGGUGGAGGUGUGGAGAAAGAAGUGGAGAUGUGAGGAAUGCUAAUGUUACAGUAGAUGGAUUUAACGCCGGUCACUGGCCCUGUUUCUCUAUGUUCUUGAUACGGCCCAUCUUCAGAGGUAACCUACCUCAACUAAGCUCCUUAACUAAGCUCCUUUGGCUUCUCUCUCACCACCACUCGACUCCCUCCCUUUCUCUUACUCCUGACUGAUCCUUUGCAGAUCUCUUACUGUAACCCAUCUAAUGUGGCAUGCUUUGCAGUCUUUCCUCAUCUCUCCCCACUACUGAUUCCCCGUCCCUUUGCCUUCCCUGAUCCAUAACAAGCAGGCCUAAUCUCUCACUUACACACUUUGCAUGUAUGCCAUGCCUGCCUCCCUGGUUCCUCGAUCCUUUUUCUCUUUUACCUGUUAUCUGACUCUCUUCCUUCCCUCUUCUAACUCUGUUAUCUGUAACAAAAAGCUCUAUGCUGAGGUGAUGUGAGACUGCUGUUUCUCACCUCGCGUUCUCUGGUGAGGACCCACAGGCUGAGUUAAAGACAAGCUCACAGAAAGUUUAGCUGACUUUCCCUCUGAGUGCAGCGUCGGAUUAUCAGUCUUGAGUUACUAGUCGGGUACACCUACACCGAAGGUCUGACAUCCAGAUUGUGUCAUCGCUUAACCACAAGAUACAAACAGUGCCAGCCAAGAACAGACUGUCCGAAUGUCCGACUCGGUAAACACACACCGGUGUAACCUGAACUUUCUCACACCAACCACAGGUUUACAUGAAAUAUUUAGCUGGAUUUUACAACUCGACAAGAAACAACUCUGAUCCAUGAUGCGAAUUUAACAGAGAAGGAGGGUCCUUUCAGAUUGUGGGUUUAGACUUUAAUCAGGACUGAGAGAAAAGGUGAUGAAAAGUCCCCUCUUGCUCUCUUUAGUAGUCGAUGGACACAACCUUGAUAUUUUAACCUUUUUUUUUGCAAUAGCAGCAGAAAUCUUGGGUACACUCAUUAAAAAAAGACUGAUUCAAAGUCAAGACGAUGCAACAAACUUGAUAAAGUAAAUUGUACACUUCGUUUUGCAUUUUCUGAGCAUCUAAUCCACACUUCCAUUAAUCUGAGUCAUUCACAAGAUUAUUUCUACAACAAGCAUCUCCUCUGCAAAGACAGAUGGAUUUUAUGCAAAUUGUCCCAACCUCAAGGACAGGUGGAUAUUCCACGCUUUGAUGACUUGAUCUGAUAAAGUGUUUUUAAUACGAUGCACGCUCUGCAGGCAUAUUAUUGAUCGCAGACUAUGGCAAAGUCAUAUACAAAGCAUGAUUGCAUAACAGAGAAUGUGGAAGCUAUUAUCAGGAUCUGAACUAAAGAUCACGAGCUGGACCGGUGCCUUUCUUUGUUCCAGGAGAGAUAGUGGUAGCUUGUAGUCAAAGGUUCCCUCCGAUGAUUUGCUUUUUUGCUUUUUCUUUGGCUCUGAAAGUGAAAGACAUCAAGAUUCAGGCCAAAUAACUUCACUCCUUCAGUUGGACUGUUCUGUCAAUGAGUGUACUGUAAAAAUAUUCACCUUCUUCAAAGACAAACAGACAUUGGUGCCUGUGUCUUAUCAGUUUAGGGGAAUAAAACCUCUUAGGUAGCUGCAGACCUGAAUGUAUGAACUAACACAAUCACUUGUCCUGCAGUUUCCUGUGUACUAAAGUGAUUUCAGGCAUCAGUCUGAUAUUCCUAUUAACAUCCCGUCUCUGAACUAGUCUCAGUACUGAUCCACAUGUUCUCUAGAAUUUUUUUCAUGUGAGGUUUUAUAAAUUACAGACACAGAACAAGUUUAAACUUUCAGCAAACUGCCAGUAAAAAUCUGUAGGAGCAGAUUGAAGCAUCUGAUGUAGAGGUUUAGUGAUCAAACUUUUUAGUAGUACAUCCCUGAAAUCCUAGAAAUGCAUCCCCAUACCUCAAGUCAACUCUUUCAUCUCUUAGUACAAUACAGUUUUGAUGGAGCGCCAAAUGCAUCGUCUUGGGAUCAGCAGUUCUGUAGUUUAGGAGCACAUCAACAAGAGCGUCACUUUUUAAGCCUGGGCCCAAAUGAACGAAUCAUUUCUACUUUAAGUUUCAAAUGCCUCUCUAAUGCAAUCCAACGGUCUCAUUCACAGUUUUUGUAUCAGACUAAACACAAUCUUCUCAUAGUAGGAGAGUAGUAUGAUGCCAGUGUUUUCCACACAUAGACAAUACCUGGGCAGACCUCCCAAGUAUAUUUUUGGCCUCUAAAGUAUAAUCUCAACCAUUUUUUUUUCAAAUCAGUCUAGACCAUCGACUGUAUAGAGAAUGGACGCCGUCUGCCUCCUCGCUGGGUGAGCCAACCCCAAGAACAGCACCCUCUGGUGACGGGCUGCAGUAUAGGUCAUAAAUCCCACCUCCGUCAGCCAUCCCUAUGGAGCUGUGGACAAACUUUAGAAAUUCAUUGCACAGAAUAUAAGUGUUACUCCCCCUGCUUGAGAUGUUGACAUGUAGUUACUGUAAGACUGGUUUGUGUUCAAGUCCUCUUUUGUGUGUUUAGCUCCAUUUUUAAAAGUUAUAAGGGGUUCAUGUUUUCUAUAGUUGACACUUGAUACAGCCAAUAGGCGUACGAAGAUUGCGUAGCUCACCCGGGGGAUACGCUGUUUGAGCCGAGCGUCAUCACAGUGACUCUCCGCGACUCUCCCGCCGAAUGCGUAUGUUGCUACUGCGCAAUGUUGGUUUAGGGAAGUGGAGAAAAAUCGGGGAAAUACCGAGAGCUUUCCAGCUUCAAAUCCGUUCACUAGCAGAAGGAGGAACCAAGUUGUCCAUAGUAUAUACAGUCUAUGGUCUGGACCCAUUUACUAUUUAUAGGAUGCAGUCAAACUAUAGCUAAGAUCACAAGUUUUUCACACUGUGCAAAGGGGUACACCAAAAAAGAUGACAACUGCCGCUGACACUGAAACUGACAAAAUAAAGGAUCCGUCUCACUGUAUCAUACAGAGAAAACCAAACUGUCGGACAUCAUGCCUCCAUCCACAACAGAGUUUUAAAAACAUACCCUUUGAGUAGUCAUUAGAAAUGUGGGUAGAGAUUGGUAGGACAACAGGUUUUAAUGAGCAAUUUCUUCCUUAAAGCCAAACUUGGUGUCGUGGGCUGAAAAGCAGGUAUUUUCUGUGUUGUGUUGAGUGUACUGGGAAGACUGGGAAUAUAGUUGAAAGGCUUAGGUCUGCUUAGUUGUCAGAGAAGGUUGAGUGGUGUUGGUGUUGGUGUUUCAAAGUUUGUUUUGUCCCUUGAAGAUUGGAUUUCUGGAGCUUGUAGCCAAAUAAACUUGAACUGUUGUAUAAAGAAAUCUCUUUUUUAUGAAUUACACAGGGAUUAUUGUGAGCUUGUUUCCAGUUUAAGAAACAGGGCCUACUGGGAUAGCAGAAGUCAUGGUGGACUUUUUUUGGACAUGUUUCUAGCCAAACUCAAAGACACCUCUGUUAUAGAAUACUCGGUAUCUGAUGACCCCCAGAUACAUGACCACAUUCCUUUUCUGAAAAUUUGAGAUUAAGAACUUUUCUGUCUGGUGGGUUUGUAGAUUAAGAUGGAAUAAAAAAGGGUUUGGCAUGAAAAAAGUGACCCAAAGUCCUUCGCUUAAAAAUUAGGGUUUGCAGGAAUAGUAGUCACUGUGCGGGGAAGGGCUCGUGGUAGCUUGUGUCUUUUGAUGUAUUUUCUUGUAUCGGGGUAACCUGCAAGGAAUCUCAUUAAAUAUUCCACCCUCUGUGAAAGUCUUUAUACAACAUCUUUGAAAUGGAUGAAAUUCACGAACACACAAGAUCAAUUCUGGCAGUGGAAGCCUGGAGUCUGCCUCGCUGCAAUAUCUGCAAGUCAGCAAACCUGGGCAGCUUCUUACUUUCAGAUUCAUUGCUUAGUUGCUCGACAGAAAUACAUAAUGUUCAGUUUAUUAAUGCAUUAAUGCAAUCAUAUUGCCAUUGGUGCAACACAAUCAUUUCACUCCCUGUAACAAAUAUACCCUAGACGGAACAGGAUGUGAUGCAUGGCUCAUUAAAUCUUACUUUAUCAAAAACUGAUGGUUAAUUUCUGCAACACAGAAAGCCUUUGUUGGGUUCAUGUUUCAUGUUGAAUAGCUUAAGUAUUAGGUUGGUUAGUUAGGUGACGCUCUUAGCAUGUCAGAUCUUGAUGUUUGAUUAUUAGAUGAGUGGUCUUUGUGACGCAGGCUCCUUCAUAACUCAAGUGUGUUUAAGAACUCGAUCAUACUCUACUUGUGUUUUUGUUAACAGCGUGUGUUUUGCCUUCAGAGGCUAAUUGAAUAUGCUUGAGAGAAAUAUUAUUGUCCAUAAAGUUUCACCACAUUAUAAAGUGAUGAUUUGAGCAAAAUUCUUACAUGAGCACGCUAAUAAUGGCAAUGCUUCCACGGCAACAUUUCGCAUUACUGUGUCAUCAUUUUUGGCAUGUUGUUUAUUUUGCAUGGCGCCACACUAACACUUGCUCACAAAGCUUUUGGAAGAGUAAUUACUUUAGUUCUGGUUGUGAUGCUGGAGAUAGAAUGACAAUUUCCUUUGGAUUUUGUGUUUAAGAUGCUGCCAGUAUUUUUUGUUUUGUUUGUUUUGAAAGUAUUGUUUUUCUGGUUUUAUUUAGAAAGGAUUGGAGAGUGAAUAGAACAGGAAAUCAGAAAAGAGAUAAAGAGGAAUGACAGGAAAGGAGCCAUAGGCGUGUAUCAAACUAAGGCCACCCACUCAAGAACAAUAGGAUUUGUACAUGGGGUGUGCUACUGGAUGACUAGGCUAAACCAGUGCCUGCUAGUGUAGUUCCUUGGCAUUCUUACAGUUUAUGCUAUUAUUACAGUCGAAUUUUGAUUAAAUGUUUUUUUUAAAACUUCAGUCUGUUGAGACCUAUAUUUCAUGAAUGGACAUUUUUGCUUUAGCUUUUUUUGCAACCUUGCAAACCCUGUGAAAUGCUCAUCAUAUAAUUGCUAUAGACCACUUGGAGUGCCGCUCCUGCUGCCGGCUUGCUUGCUCUGCACAUUGGCUGCGUUGUAAAAACACUGUUACAUUUGCAGUUUUUUUAAUUGGGUCAUCAUCACUUUGAGUUUAAUCUGCUCAUGUUUACUGCAACUAACACUCUCCCCAAGGAGCACUGCAACAUAUUUGUCCCAAAGUAUAUCUCAGGCGGUGCUUAAAUUCAUUAAGAUCAACAAGACUGGAACUUGUUGAUUUUUUUAUUACUUAUUUUUGUUGAUGCGAAACCAAAAUUCAUAAAGAUGAAGGGAAGUGCUGAUGUCAUUGGCAGGCGAAGGCUGUAGAAUAAAAAGCAGCAACUUUUGACUGUGGAGGAGGUCAUUACAUGACUGUGGCAGCUGAAUACAGAGGAAGACAGAAAUAUACACAAUCAGGUUUUGCAUACAGAAUUUUUGGUCAUGGGGUAUCACAGGGACAGAGGCAGUACGUUUUUGUGUGUUUGUUUGUGUGUUUGUGUGUGUGUUCUGGCUGAGGCAUGUGUGUGUGGCUCUCACAUUUGAUCCAUCAUUAUGAGUCUGUUUGUUCAGAGGUUGUAUUGUCAACUUUGUAUUUAUGCCUGUCAUAUGCUCAUCUUUACUCACUGGCAGCUGACAUUAAAUGUCUAGAAAUUACUCGUGUUUGAACAUAAACACAAAACAUCAGUGGUGCUGAAUUUCACUUGUUUGUAGAUUGUCGUCUAUUUAGAGAAGAAAUCAACUAGGAGGAAAAUUCAUAGAGGCUACUGGAAUCUAUUUUUGGCCUGAUCAGUUGUCUAUGAGCCAUAUAGAUGCUACUUCAAGUAUAUUGUGGAUUUGACUCUGUACUCCCUCCUCUUAACCACGAAGAAGCAAAGAUUUAGAGCUCAUUUGGAUGUAAAUUAAAGUAUUAUUUCUCUGGAUAAAAAGCAUCAUCUCCGAAAUAUUCCAGUAAGUGAUUCCUGGAGAAUGCUUUCGCUGCAGAGUGUCUGUCAGGGAGGAUUUUACAGCGGGGGAUAAAACUGUCUGCUCCGGACACUAUAUACCUCUUGUCCUGGAAUAGGUUGAAAGUGGUGCCAGCUCUUCUCCAUGCUAUUUCAAAACUUGACACAGUAUAUUGAGAGCCUUAAAAUGCUAUCGAUUAGCUCCCCGUUCUCUCAGCCUCUGUCUCUAUUCCCCUAUGGCUGUCUUCUGCUCUUUUCCAGCGCUGAGAAUUAUCAAAAUAAGUGUGCGUCGGGGAUAUAGUGCCACAUCUACAAUUAGGAAAACAGAUCAUAAAAAGGAAGUAUCUGUAAAAGAUUUCAUUGCUGAAAAAACGAUGCCUUCUGCAUUUUUGUCAGGCAUAUUUAUGAGGAUUUUACAACAGAGGGGAGGCCAGUGGUAUAGAUUAUAGAAGGGUGCCAAAAGGUGCAGUACAUCCCUGCCUGCCUGCCUUGAAGACAUGACUCACUCUCCGCAAACCUUGAUGACAAGAUGAAUGAAAUUAACAUACUAGUCACUUGUAAUUACAAUAUUUAUCUAGCUGAUCAAGUUUAGCCCCCUGGCAGCUAUCAAAGGGCAGCUGCUGCAGUGUUGGGAUGCAGGUAAAAGAGACAGGGGUGUCAAAUUCAAUGAGCUUCUUCCUUUGUUACUCAUCCAAUCCUGCUCUGCUGUUUACAAAUGAAGGCCUGUCCGAGAAGACGUACGAUCCCCCCCUCCACCUGACAGUGCUGCAGUAUCUGUCACAGGUGGUUUUCAUCUCGAAAAAAGAAGCCCAGGUUUUUCCCCAUCGCUCCCCGCCCCCCGCUCUCAAUAUACUGGCUUUGAAACAUGCAUGAUGCAGACAUCUUCUUUCCUGCAUGGUGUUAUACAGACUGCUUCUCUGCAUGUCAUUAAAGAGGCUUGAAUCCCACAAAACGCACACUUUUUGUCACAGGAAAAAGAAGUGCUCAUAGCUAUUUUUCCCACUGAGGUUGAGCAUGAAUAGAAAUUUUGAGAGUGAGACUUUUAAGAACUGCAGAAGGCAUGAUUAGUCGACUUAUGAUAUUCAAUGACAAUGAACUGUCUUGGAGGAAGAGGAGGAGGAGGAGGAGUUUGCAUUUGUGCUUCUACAAAUCAGUUUUUUUGGAAAGAAAGUGAAGAAAAUUCCUCAUUUAGUCAAUAAGUUUGGUCACUGCUAAGUAGCUGUAAGUCUCAGGCUAUUAACGAUUGGCCCAGUCAGAGCUCCCUUUGGAAAAAGCGCUAACAAAAUCCCAAGAAAUAAGCCUCUGUCUGUGUUGUCUUAUCAAAAGAAUCCUUGCAAGAUGUUGUCUCAAAGUGUCUAAUGAAUCUUUGAUUUUAACUCCAAAAUUAAAUCUUAUCUGAUCUCCUCCUAGACAGCCCAUUGGGAAUAAUGAGGCGAGCUGAAUGGGGGUGGGUGGAUGAGGCAGAUUCGCCUCUGUGAUGGACUUUUUGUUUUUGUCUAAAAAGGUAUGGGAAUGUCAUCAUCAAUCCAGCUUUGUAGUGUGUGUGUUUUAAAUAUUUUUGCAUAAGCACUGUGGGACUUUGGACUGUCAAUUCAAGCAUGGCUGUCAGCUAUUUUCAGCAAACAUGUUUGAAGUGAUGAUUUGCAUUGCCAGACCUUUUUUUUUUUAAGGGGGCCUGAAAGAAUAAACUCAAUGGAGGAGGAUUUACAGCAAACUGUGGCCAAUAAGCCAAUUGUUAGUUUGAUUUAAAGCAGCAUUUUUGGAUGUUUGGAUAUUCCAUUUGUCGGACUGUCAUAUUAAAAUCUAGUUUGGCCUGGGGUACUCGGUCACUCACAGCGAUGUGGUCCAUCUCUUUGUCCUGGAAAUAUGUUGUCUAAAAAUGUUAUUUCUAUGCAAAUGUGCAGAAAGACUUACUGAUUUGGCCUUUUUUUAAAUCACUGUCCUCUCACUAAAGGGUUAAUUUGUAUACUAACGGACACUGAACAUGAUGCUCAGUGGUUUCGCUGUCUCAGUUUGAAAUCAUCCCAUCAAUUUCCUUAAAAAAAACUGACACUAUUUGCUUUGUUCUGCCUCCAUGUCAGUCUAAGUUUCCCUCCCAUUAAACAUUUUCCUCCAUUAAACUGUCUCCAAACAAAAUAAAAGUAGAAUUGAAUUACAGGGUCUCUUGCAAAUCCAUUGCAAUAACUUAAUUUCUGUUCUGUAGAAUUGACAUUUAUCCGACUGGCUUUACAAAACCAGUUUAAAACCAUGUGUCAUGAUUUUCCUCCUCCUCCUCCUACUCCUCCUCAAUUUUCUCCACCUCCACCUUCUCCACCCACCACCCCUGUUUGGUUCACAAAGCUCCACGUCAUCUUCCAGCAUGCUCACCUUCAAGAAGCUGUGUGCAGUUUUACUGACUGUGUGUAUCCUGCCUCUGCUUCUCUUCAUCACUUCAGGUAUCAUGACAAACAGGGAGUGACCAGUAACUUCCUGGGAGCCAUGUGGCUCAUCUCGAUCACCUUCCUCUCCAUCGGCUACGGGGACAUGGUACCAAACACGUACUGCGGGAAGGGCGUGUGCCUGCUUACAGGGAUAAUGGUGGGUUACUUUGUGCUAAAAAUACAUCAGAUGACGUUCUCAUAGGACAACUCUGACUGCCAUCAUUAUCUAAAACAUGUUUGAUAUUUAUCUUGUUGCUUAUUAACUUUAAACAAAAGUUCAUGCGAGUUGGUAACAGAUUAUCUUUGAACCAGGUGUUUGAACUGAAACUAUUUACCGAAUGUUGCCGUGUUGUCUGUCUUCAUCUUUGUGCUGCAGGGAGCUGGUUGCACUGCUCUGGUGGUCGCAGUGGUGGCCAGGAAACUGGAGCUGACCAAGGCUGAGAAGCAUGUCCACAACUUCAUGAUGGACACACAACUCUGCAAACGAGUGAGUCACAGCCGACAACAGUGUGCUGAGCUAAAGCUAUUUUACUGUAUGGCGCUGUUUCAUAAAACAGCAUAGUUCAAAUAUGUUGAUUAGUGAACUCUUUUAUUCUGAAGGCCAGAGUGUAACAUGAAUGGAUGAACAGUUAAAGACUGCACUAAAAUGACUUAAACUCAAUUAAACUAGACUACUCACACUGACACUGAGGCUAAAAUGGGAGGUCAGACAGAAGGUCAAACAAACCCACAAAGAAGAAAAUGUACUAAAAAAAGCCUUUUCAUUUCAUCAGUUGGUUUUUAGAUUUAUCCGACAAUCUGAUCACCGGUUUGAACUCUGUUUGUUCAAUGGACUUGAUCAUUUACUGUCAGCUUUUGAUUGCUUCUUGCUGAGAACCAAUCUGUGUGGUUUUAUUUUUCCAUAUAUAUUCAUUCCCUGAAAUUAUUGAAGCUAAUUAAUCACACAAUGUAACUUUUUGUUAGUCUGACUACCCUUUAAAAAGUAAACCUUGGUUUGAAACAGUGCCCAACAUAUGCAGAUUCCUCUGGCUUUUUUUUGUCAAAUAGUUAAACUUUCCACAGUUUAUCUAAUCAGGGAUGACUAAAACAACCAAUUAAUAAGUCUCAAUUGUCUGUCUCAACCUUGAUUUACAGGUAAAGAACACAGCUGCCAAUGUACUCAGGGAAACAUGGCUCAUCUACAAACACACUAAGUUGGUCAAGAAGAUAGAUCACGCCAAGGUGCGGAAACACCAGCGCAAGUUUCUCCAAGCCAUUCACCAGUAAGUCCUGCUUCACUUGUAUUUCUGACAGAAAUAUGAGGGUGGAAACUCGAUUAAACUUAAACACCAGUGUGAUAAUGAAAAACAGGUCUGACACUGUAUCUGACUCACUAAUUUGUCAGUUUAAUCAGACUGGACAGUAGACUACAAAACUACAAAUAUACGCCCCAAUUUUUUGCCUCCCCUAUCAGUGUCUCACAUUAACCAACUUGUUCCCCAUUUUGGUGCUGAGAUGAAAACAUCUCAAGUUUAAAGUUUUAGGUCUUGUCACCUUUGAUUUUCACUUUGUUUUCCACCAGAUGAGGAUUAAAUCAUUGAAUACUGAUCAAUAAAAACAACAAGCUAAGCUUAUGCUGCGUUCGAGUUGACUCAGAAGUCAGAUGUCUGAGCUGAAAAUGACGUCACACCAAGUUACCAGCGUUUCAGUUACCAAGUCGGAAAAAAAAAACAAAAUUGGAGGCGGAAACAAGAUGGGUGUAGCUACCAAAGUUAUUUUAGCCCUUGCCUAGUCCUUGCUUAUAUUUGGACAAGGCAAGCGCUAAAAUAACUUUUGUAGAUGUAGCCAUCUUGUUUCCGCCUCCAAUUUUACCUUCUUCUUACUUGGUAACUGAAACGCUGGUAACUUGGGUGUGGCGUCAGUCCAAGCUCGGACUUCUGACUUCCAAUGCAACUCAAACGCAGCAUGAGGCUAGCUACAGCUAAGCUAGUUGGACUCAAAGAGCAUGGAAGUGAUGAUUAUUGUUCAACUUAUUAUUUAAAUUUUCUAGAUUAAACUUCUUGGCAAUAUUUGGUGAACUUUCUUUCAAGAAUCCUAACCCCCCCCCCCCCACCCAAAGCUAAGCACAAACAGAAAAAACAGUUACAUCGUAGCUUAAACCUCAGAUUCUGUUUUUUAUCAUGACUUUGUCUUGCUCAGUAUUUUUAUGGUAUUAAAUCAUGGGGUCCGUGUAUUUUAGGUCGGACAGGACUUCUUUAGUUGAGUGACACUAGAUUAGAUCCUGAUCAAAGUUCCUCACCCUUCUCUGCAUUUCCAUUAAUAAAGCUCAAACGUCUUAAGAUUCUACUGACAAAAUGUGAGUCAACGGAGGGAGUUUUCUUCAACUGACUUGAAUCAUUAACUCUUCAGGGCAAGUCCUAUGAAUGAUACUCAGUCCAUGUGAUAGACUGUUUCAGAUGUGUUGUUUAUAUUGCUGAUAAACUGAUGAAAUGAGAAUCUUUGGUAUAAUCAGUCCAGCUUGUGAUUACAGUAUAUCCUCUUCUAGACUACAGGUGACUCUGAUUUUGUUCAGCCUACACACGUAAACUCUUACACUUCCACACAUGUAUACACAAACAAACAAACACAUAAACUCUCACUGCAAUCUAGUGUAAUGAUCCUUCCUCCCCCUUCCCCCUCCCCCUCUCCCUCCGACCCCCCCUCCCCCCUUUUGACCCCGUGCUUACAGUGACAAGUGUAAUGGUUUCACUCGUUUCGUGAAUGUUGUGGGGUUAAAACUCUGUACUGUGUUCUGUCUUUGUUUUGCUCUAUCACCGCAGAGCUCAGAAGUAAGUUGAGUCUUCUAUGUAUCCUCCUCCUACUGUUUCCUCAACAUCCUUCCUCCUCCUCCUCCUCCUCUUCAUGUCUACGUUUGACAUGCAUGAAAAAGCGUUUAUUAAAAAAAAAAAAAGAGAGAGAGAGAAAAAACUCUGGAUGCUGGAUUGUUUUUGGUUUUUCUUUUACUUAAGUGUUUCCAUCGACUCCCCUCUCCCUCCCAUCCUCCCUUUGAAUGGAAUGAGACUAAAAAUAAGCAUCAACAUUUUGCCACCGGUGUCACUAGUGGAGGGUUUGUUUGGAGAGAACGUGUGAAAGGAAAAGCAUCCUGCACAGAAUGAGCUUGGAGCUUGUAUGGCCUUGCCAGAGGUUCAUAAUCAUCUACAAUGUACUGCACAGUGUUGCCCAUGAUUAAUAUAGCUGCUCUGGAGGCUAUAUUAACCUCAUCUUACACUCCCGAUGGUUUUGUGAUGACAUGAACACACUAAGACUUUGCUAUUGUCAUGUUUGGGUCUAAAUGUUUCCUCUUAUAUCAGCAAACAACAGCCAAACAGUUUCCUCAGAAAUUCAUGAUCGCAGCAGUCGACGCAAGUUUACCCAACUAUGUCCAACAACUACAGCUGCCUACGAAUGUGUCACUCACCUGGCUACCCCAUGAUCUGCUUAUAGCACUGAAUAUCUGAAGAAUACAGGAAGUAAAAAGGGUUAUUUAUUUUAUUGAUGUAUUUAUUUAUUCCCCACUUUGAUGGGUUAGCUUGAGAGAGAUUAGAAAUGUGUGAGGUGGGUGAAGGAAGACAACAUGUACCAAAUUCUGCUGAGACCUCGGGCUCUAUUUUCAUGUCUGUCGGUUGCGGACCCCGGGCAGUUGUAUUUUCGUCUGGCGGAGCCCGGCGUACAGCCAGUUUGGUAUUUUCGUGGACUGAGGCGCACCGAGGUCCGCCAAGCUGGGCGUGGUGGCGUGGCGUCGACAGAAUCAGCUGGCGCAGUGACAUUUUCGUGCUCGGCACCGGCGUAUAAAGUGCGCUGAAAGCUCGCCAAUUCAAACCUGGUCAGCUUUCAGCGCAAGCGGAGCGCAGCUGGUCUAGUAGUAUUUUGGUAGACCGGCGGCGUAUCGGCAUACGUCACCGAUGCCUCACCGGCAGGUUUCCACAGUGUCAGGCACAUUUCAGUGCAAUAAAUAAUCAUCAACAACUAUUAGUCUGAGUCAGCACAUACAUUUAGAUCUAUAUCAAUAUAUUCUGAUCUAUAUCUGAUCUGAUGAGCGCGUUUGGCACGCGUUUAGACACACGACCUGACCGAAUCAACACAGCUGAAACCGCAUCAAAUUAAAUUAAAUAUCUAGUAAAUAAACACACAUGAUGAAGUUAACAAGAUAUUCAAUUCGUCUCCCUCCUUUUCCUUCUUCCUCUUCCUCUUAUUCCUCGCGCAGCUUGAUCUGGACAUGUCUCUGUGUCCUCUCCUCGUCCUGCUGCAGCUGCUGCUGCGGCGGCUGAACAGAUGAUUUGUUUCAGUGCUCAGAUGAGUUAUUUACUUUAAGCCGACAUACGAAUAACAUAAUAUUCAGUUUUGUGAGUCAAAUUUAUUUUAUAUGCAAACAUCUAUGAAAGAAAGAGCCAGGCCACGGAGUGCGACGCGUCAUUUACACACAGAUGGUUCAGAUUGUAAUGCCAUUUUUAAAGUUUAUGUUGUGAUCUGUGCGCUCAACCCACCUUUGUCACGUGAGGGUCUUUAUUUGUGGAAAAGGGUGUUUGUCUUACCAGUGGCUCCAACAUUACUCACACCAAAUCCAUCUGUGCUCAUAUGAGACAGUGUGGAGGACGCCCAAUGCAGCGCUUACAGCAACAUUUGUUGAGGGGCUGCCUUCUGUCGCCAUCGUGUGGCAUUGCUGUCUUCAGACAUCUCUUGAUCUAUUUGACUACUUCACGAAAAUAGUAAUACGCCUCGCCGGUGGCAAGGAGAGGAGCUUAUGUUAUUGGUGAAAACUGGUCUUGGCUGUGUUAAACCGACUCCACGCCCUCUCUCCUCCCUCGCUACGACUAAUGCUGCUGGGAGGAGCUGAGUUAGGGAGGGGGGAUACUUACGCCGGGCUGCUCUGCUCACCAAAAUACCAAAUUGUGCUUGGAAACGCCUUGUCGGCGCGACGGACCUGACUUAUGCCGCGCAUGCACUGCGUCGCCGGCGAGGCACGAAAAUAGAGCCCCCAAAGUCUACAACCAGCAGAUCCUCCAACCAAGCCCAACUGGUGCCCCAUAUAAAAUAUUUAUUAAGUGAAUAGAUCUUCAAUUAAAAAUAAUUGUCACACUUUUUAAUGAUUUUUAAACAGUCUUUAUUGAAUAGACCACACUCCUUGUAAUAUUAUUUACAAUUACACCAAGAUCCAGACAAUUUAAUAUCCAGUCUUAUCCUAUCUCAAUACAACAUAAACAAAGCACUUUGCAGCAUUCACGGCAAGAGAAAGCUUCCUUUAGCAGGUAGAACUCUUGAGCAGAACCAGACCCACGUUAGAAAGUCAUCUCCCAUGACCGUGUUGACUUGGAAAAGAAGAUGUAGGGAGAUUCAGAAAAGACAUAAAAACAACUAAAGCAACCAGUGUCUGAGGCUAUUAGGAGAUUGUUAGUAAUUUUCAGCUCUGAAGUCUCCUAUUUAUAGCGGUCUCAAACACUGACAGAAAAUCCUGAGCAGGAGGUGGGCCUCAAAACCUAUACUGCAGUCAGUCACCAGGGGGAGCUCUGGAUAUUUUGACUUCACUUUUCAGAUGUAGUUUGGUCAUCUAUUUUGUUUUGUACAGUCUUGGCUUUAGUAACCAUUGAAACAGAAAUUUCAACAUCUACUACAAGCUGUCAGCCAAGACUUUACUUCACUAUACUGUACAUGCGUAACUAAAGCUGAACACUCAGGGCCUUCACUCAGCUGACACUUCCCAUUAGUUACCAGAAUCAUCAAGUACUAGGAUAACUUUCGGCAGACGAUAUUAAUAAACUCACUUAAAAGCCGCCUUGACUAAAAAACUGUGAUGGUAAAAAGACACACCUUACCAGGUGCAGCUGUUUAUCUUUAAAUAAAGCAUGUUUUUGGCAGGGCAAACUAUUUUUAAGUAUUUAUGUAUUACAGCGAUGAUAUGGUUUUAAUAAAUGCUUCAGAACUGCAUUAUUCUUUAAACUGCUUCAGAAUCAGGCAUUCAAUGCCACAACAAUCAAGGAAAGCCCACAGAUUCGUAGAGAAGGUGUAAACACAAUACAGUUGGUUGACAUUUCGUACAAUACAUUUGUACCCCUAAUGUGUCAUACUAAUAAGUCGCGCUUGUAGCAUUUGGCCCCCAUUCUUGGACAGCCAUAAGGGACGACAAAGCCGAGCAAACAGACACAUACGGGCUGAAACGGCUUCACGCAGAGAUAGAGCCGUAAGCGAGCAGUCUCACUCUGCUCUGAUAUACUGAUUUGCACAUGAAUAAAUGCCCUUGAAUGUCAUCCUGUCUCAUAAUUUGCCGAACAGGGAACUUCUUCCUCUCAAACAUCCAGAUGAUGGCUGUGUGAUGCCACCGCUAACAAUGACACAUUAUUCACAUCAGCGUAAGCAGCUCUGGCGUUGCCAUAAUGUAUUUGAUUAGAGAUAAAGAGGCACAAAGGCAUCACAAAACAUGUCUCAUGUAUCACUACGCAAGUUAUUUCAAAUGUCUAUGUUGCUGUAUGUGCAGCAGUGUCAUCAGACAAUUUAUUUAUGGCAUCUUUUAUCUGUGGCAUCCUCUCACACACAUACACACAUCCCAGCCCAUGAGCAUACACACAAACACAUACCCAACACACACACACAAAAUCCAGCGUUUCAUUGUGCACAGUCACUCACAGUCACUGCACGCUUACUGAAUGACCAGUGUGUUUAUAUGAAGUCCUGCCACUGAUAAAGGGCAUGUCAUCUUUUUCCUUUUUCAACAUCUUAAUUUUGAGUGGAGACUAAUGGGAAUGUUUUGAUUUGAAACAUGAAUUUGAAGGAGUUAUUUUCUGGAAGCAUAUUGCAUUCUAGCUGGAAAAACUUGUCUUCGUAAUGUAAAUGGUUUGUGUAAUCUGGCAUGUGUCACAUUUUGAAUCUUUAUUCUUAAAAAAUGGUUAAAACAAGUCUCAAGGCUCUGUUGAGUCGCAGUGAAAGUACUGCAGUAAAAAUGCUACUUCAACACUUAAUGUCAAAAAGAAGAAAAGAGUUCAGUAAGACAAGAUCACACGUGCUGUUUUGAACGAGCGUAGUAUGCUUCCACAUUUGCAUGUUUUGGUUGGAAUUGCAUUGACCAAGACCAGGAAUGCUUAAAUAUAUAUAUACGUAUAUAUAUUUGUCUAUAUAUGUAUAUAUAUGAGUGUAUUAAGUACAUAUUUUCAAUGCAUGCAGGCUGUCCUCUCUCUUCUCAAUGUCAUCGCUGAGAGAGCAGGCCUGAUAAAAAAAUGUGUUGUUGUCCCUCCUCCUCCUCCCGUCUUCCCUUUGGCCCUCCCUGCCCCCUCAUAUCUCUUGACAACCUCUCUCUCUUUCUCUUUCUCUCCCUCAUCCUCUCUCUCUCUUGCAAACCACCCUCCUCCUCCUCCUCCUCCUCCUUUUAUAUUCCCUUAUUCCCACUCUUCUCCUCCUCCCCUUUCCUCCCUUACUUCCCCACUCCCCCCCUCCUGUCCCCACCUCUCCGUGCCUCCACCAGACUGCGCAGUGUGAAGAUGGAGCAGAGGAAACUCAACGAUCAGGCCAACACCUUGGUGGACCUGGCAAAGGUAAAAGUCCUGUUUGAUGUGGAUAUAGUCAAUAAAUGAUUUCAGAUUAAUAACUUACAAAGGAACAUUUUCCCUUUGCCUAUUUUGUUUUUCAUAUUUAGUUGGGCUAAGACAGUGACCAAACGAAAAACAAAUAGAAAAUUACCUAAAAUCUGAUGUGUCACAGAGAGUGAAAAUCUACUGGAAAAAAACAAAUCCAAAAAAGUGCUCCAACCAUGUCCCACGGUGCAUCACAGGCAUAGAAAUUAGUUUUAUUUUGGCUUGAAAAUAUUUUCAUUGAAUUGUGUCUAUACUCUCUUGAUUUGGAGUUUGACUUUGGUCAAGCUUAAAAAAAAAGUGAUUAAUUUGUAGCAAUCAAGACAACCCUGGAUGUGAAACCCACACAUUCCUUACAGGAAAGUUUCCUUAUCUGGUCCCAGGAAACAGGAUAUAAAUCUUUCCAGACGUGUUUGCACUUUCAGGUUAAAUAAGUGACCCAACCGGAGGUUGACUAAACCUCCGACUCUUCACGAUUGGUCAAUUCGGAGAACAGAGACAGAGUUUUUAUUACCUUUCAAACUGACUCCAUUUGCUGACCAUCUAAAUAAACAUUAACGUCUUAACCCAGAUCUCCCAUUUGAGAUUUAGCGUCUUAAAGUGUGUGGACAUACGGUCCCUAGGAUAAGGGGGGACACUGACCUCCAGACCUCGGUCGUAAAACCCUGCUCGACCAUACACUGAUAAAGACUACAUUCCUUUGGUGAAAGAAUACAAAUGACUGAUCCUGACAUCUUAUGCAUUCAGCAAUGUACUAAUCUGUCUAAUCAUGAAAUUUGUGUUAAAAUGAGAUGUUUCCCGUUUUUCUAUGUGCUCCAGAAGCCGAGUUAUCGCUCUUUAGUUUCUUUAGACCAACAGCUUUUCAGACUGUUUCAUGAACUUUUAAGAGUUAAAUUUAUUGACUAUGGAUCAUAACUUAACUCUAGGUAACAGAAAUAGUUUAGAAAUGUUUGGUUUAUAUUUUAGUUGUUUAUUUAGUGUUUUUAACCAUUAGGUGGUUAUAAUGUCAUUGAAUAAUCUGAAUAUGAGUAUUUAGAAUCCAUUAUUAAUCAUGAAGUUCAUUCACAUGUAUUUACUCUUUUGGUUGUUCACAGUUUCCAUGUGUUACUAUCUGUUUCAUUUCAGAGUAAUUUAGCAUGUUCAAUGUGAUACUUAAAACAUAAUGAGAAUGUUUGACGUGAUCCUACACUUCAUUCAUAUGUGUUUAGUAUCAAAUUAUUUAUCAUGAAACCAAACAUUCAAUGAUAUUAAUCAUAGUGAGUGAGUAUCAGAUCUGACUCUUUUGCCAGCCAAAAGAAUAAGUUAGAUCAAAUAAUCAGAGACCACACGACCCCUCCUCUGUCUCCUCACACCCACACGCCGGAGACACACCCAGUGUGAGAAGAUAAAACCAGUGAAGUGGGGUUGCUCACUCUCUUGUCCAUCUCUAUUCUCUCUUACUCUCUUAUGCUUCUGCUCUUCUGCUGACUCUCUUGUCCCCGGCUCUUAUGCCCCUUCUCUUCUGUCCACACCCUUCUGUGGUGCGUUUCUUUGUUUUCUCUUAGAACUUUUUCUUAGUCUUCUAAGUUUUACGCCACGUGUUGAUUCACGUUGAUUUUUCUUUAACAUCGUCUUAGUUCAAGUUUUGAAACUUCAACUUUUUGUGCACAUAGCAAUUCAAGAUUAAGCCUUUGAUUGAUUUUCUUUAAUUUCGCGAAGCCAUUUUUGAAAGUUUUCUCUGCUCUUCGAGCCUCGUUUUUCUGAGUUUUCUGCGUGAUUUCAAAGUCACCUCCGAACGCAAUCCAACAGGCCCAGGUCAUCCUCUGUGCCAGAGUUUUGAGUGAGACUAAAGAAGUACCCAAACGAGCAUCCACAGGAUCCACAGGCGCUGGUUUUUGCUUCGGGCCCGAGUGCUGCAACUCCUGGCUCAUCCUUCGGCUGACUUCAGUCGUCUUCUGAGCUGAACCGCUCGAACCGCCAGUAGCCCGGACCUUCGGAACCUGCUCCAUCUUCUCCAAGGACCAGUCUCACUUAAGUAUGCAAACCUCCAGAGCUCUAAAGAGGGCUGAUGCUGUCUCACGCGUUCAUAACUCAGAUAUCCACCUAUUUCUGGUGAGCUUAGAUUCCUCCAAAUCUACACCCGAGUUUAUCUCGACACCAAAGUUAGUGUAGGUUAAUAUGUUAGCGCAUAUUCACUCACUAUCAUUAACUUUAGUGCUCCUAGCCUGACUCAGAAUCUUGAUUUAUUCACCUAUUAUUAUCUAUCUUCAUUAUCUUAUCAUCAUUUAUUGCAUGUGUGUUGUACCAUCAUUUAUCCUGUAAUAAACAGAUCAUUAUUUUUCUAAGUUCCUGUCUGUUAGUGUUCUUCCAGAAGUGGAGUCCCUGAAAUUAGAAUUUCGACUUAAGAUAUGAGACUGAUUAAUUAAGACUGAUUAAUUAAGACUGAUUAAUUAAAACUGACUUGAUGUUUGAUUUCUGAAUUAAACUUUUUUCUUUAUUUUCCCACCAUUAAGGGUGGGUGGUGCCCCUUUUAACGAGUGCAUAAAUGUCAUAAUUUGAGAUUAUUAAUCUUCAGACAUUUAUUAUAAAUUCCAAUCGCUGCAGUAUUAUUUUGGUGCGGCCUUGUGAGGCUCAUUUCAAAUCGCUACAUAUAUUUUGGAGCCCCUGCGUGAGGCGUUUCAAACAAAACUUCUGGAUACUAACAGACAACCUAAAACUUAGCCUUCCAAAUUGAUGAGAGAAACUUAUUUCCAGGCUAUUUUAGACUUAAUCACAAUCAAUGCUAUGCUUGCUGAAGUUGCUUGACUAAGUUCUGAUGUUUUCCUGAUCUAUGCAUAAAACCUUUAUGCUCUGUGUUUUACACACUCUUGUACUACAUGCCUGUAGUCUGUGUUUGAGCUGGACAGCGUGAAAUGUUGUUCUGAGUAGCAGUGAGACUGACUCUUCUGCUCUGUCUAGACUGUCCAAUAUUUAAGUGCACGAUUGUUGCGUCGCUGUACGCUUGUAUUUAAGGCCUUUGGCUGAACCCAGUGUUCGCGAUGCUCCGAGCUGUGGUUUCAAGCCCCUGAAGUCUCUGUAGUCUGCUACGAGGUUCUAGUAACUAUAUGGGAUUCAGAUUUUCCUCCUUUCCCCUGACAGAUUAGCUAUCUGUCACAGGAAACCACUGUAACAGUGGGAGGUUGUUGUUUGAUUGAAUUCAGACAAAAUUUGUGAUCACAAAUCGCCACAUUUGUGAUUUUUUUUUUUUAAGUCUGCAGUUGAAUCUGCUGUUGAGGGAUUUGUCACUUUGAUUCUUGUCUCUAUAGUCUGCUACGAAGUUCUAGUAACUAUAUGGGAUUCAGAUUUCCUCCUUUCCCCUGACAGAUUAACUACCUGUCACAGGAAACCACUGUAACAGUGGGAGGUUGUUGUUUGAUCGAAUUCAGACAAAAUUUGUGUUCACAAAUCGCCGCAUUUGUGAUUUUUAAGUUUGCAGUUGAAUCUGCUAUUGAGGGAUUUGUCACUUUGAUUCUUGUCUCUAUAGUCUGCUACGAAGUUCUAGUAAUUAUAUGGGAUUCAGAUUUCCUCCUUUCCCCUGACAGAUUAACUACCUGUCACAGGAAACCACUGUAACAGUGGGAGGUUGUUGUUUGAUUGAAUUAAGACAAAAUUUGUGAUCACAAAUCGCCGCAUUUGUGAUUUUAAAGUCUGCAGUUGAAUCUGCUGUUUAAGAAUUUGUCACUUUGAUUCUUGUUCCUGUAAAUGAUUUUAUUGAACCAAUCUGCCUGAGCAGAUGGUGUAAAGUUCUAUGUUUGAGGGUGCAGACACAGCUGCUGUGAAAUGUUAACCCUUUGUUGUCAGUGGAGAGACUGACCAUUUGGCCUUAAGCAGAUAAGGCCCUUCGAGGAGGCAGAGCCUAAAGGCCCCUUUCUUCAUACUUCCCAACUCCUCACAGCCACAAGAGGCUAGUUGGAUGACUGUUUCCUCUUCUCUUCUUCUUCUCCACUUGUGUUGAGCUUGUGCAGUUCUCCCAACUCCAUACUGCCCCACAUGGUUGCUUUUGGUAUUGAGCUAACACUGCUAUUAUCUGCCUGCAGUAUCAGCCAGCUGUACUGCCUCCCUGUAGUCAGUGUGUAACACUCUACAGACAUAACUCAAGUGAUUGACUUGGUUGAUGAAGUUUGAUGUGCUUAUUCUAAAUCACUGAUCAUUGAUUUUGAUGUAUUGAUGAAGUAACUCCUUGAAUCAAUCACCUGAUCUGUUGUUACUUAUCACACCAGUGAGCAGUUUUACUGUUCCCUAUAAUACAUGAAUGUAUUAACCCUACUCAUAAGAUUAAUUAAUUAACGAACAAAUUAAUUAAUAUUUCAAAUUUCUUUUAACAUUCCAGAUAGAUUUGGUAUUCGAACCUUUGGAUUUAUUGCAAUUUGUGAAUUAACUUCAGAGUUAAUUCCUUAAAUUGACAAUUUCAUCGAUUUUGCCAAUUCAUCCAACUGCACCAGGCAGUUUAUUUAAGCUUUGCUGAUCUCUGCAACACGGAGACAAACUGAACCCUUUAUUCAAUGGUUCUGUAUCUGAUGUUAAAUUUAAUUUAACAUUAUUUCACCUUUUGUUUUCAAUUUUCAUUGAAAUGAAUUUAACUUUAUGUUAUUUUUCUCUCCAUUAGAGAUCUACUCAGAUAGGCUCUUCCUCUUUAUCAAGCACUGAUAAAUUAAGUCGAUUAACCCACUUAAUUUGAUAUUUUGCUUCUUCCUUUCAGUUUAAGUCAACUCAAACUCAUCAACCAACCACCUGCACCUCUUUACCAAAACCAAACAUGCCUAACAUAAAAGAGUCCAGCCAGGGAGACCCCCUGAGGGACAUACACACAGUGUUAGCAAAUUUGACUAGUCAGCUGAUACCUCAGUACAUGACUAAGAUUCAAAAGGCCAAACCCUCCAAUCCGGAGGAUGAAAUGGCUGACUUACUGGAAACAGCCUUAACCACGACACUUCGUGACAAAGAGCUCACAAGAUGCAUGUCUGUCGUGAUGUCUUCUCAGCUUGAGUAUAAAGACUACUUGCUGGAAUGCGCUUUAGCAAAGAUAAAGGCGCAAAAAGAAGAAAACAGCGCACUGAAAAAGACGCUAGAGGAGACUAAGAAGUCUCUAAGUGUUUUAGAAAAACACAGUGCCAGAUGUGAAGCGUCAAAGCUUCCCUCACUGAUAAGUCAUGAAGAAAAUCUUGAUCUCAAAGACAAGAUUGAAAGACUUAAUGAAACCCUUUACAAAAAGGAGAAAGAACUUGAUGACACGAAUAAGCAGCUUGCUAAGACCAUAGAGGAUCUGAUAUAGUCAGAAUCCCUACUAGAGCAAGCAACAGAAGAUGUAGAAGCUUUGAAAGCACUGGUCAAAGUGCGUGCUGAAGCUCUUGAAGUUAAGGAGAAGCAAACUUCUACCUUACAGCACCAGCUCCAGAUAGCUCAAAGACAGUUAAUUCUUUGUCAAGAACAGCGAGAAAAGACAGACAAAGAACUUGAAGAUGCCCAAAGAGAGUUACAAUGCUCCCUCCAGUCAGGUCGAGCCCAAAGAGAACGCAUGAAGCAAACGUUUCUUGAAGAAAUGAUAGGUGAUCAGCCUCCUGAGAGAGCGCCAUCACUUCCUUCCAAACCAACUCUUAAGUAUCUCUCUCAGCAUCAUGACAGGACCCUGCUUGACCCUGAGAGGUCAUCCUUAAACCAAGAGUCCUACUCUCCUCCUCAUGAUGGCUUCUUACCAUUUCCCUCAGACAGGGAUCUUGACAAAAUUGCUCGCAUCAUAGCACGCUUUGAACCUGAGCACCAAGGUGCUACUGACACCUGCACCUACUUGAAAGACAUUGACUUUUACCUGAGGAAAUUUCCAGGUGCAACCAUUGAUGACAAAAUCUACCUUAUUAAGGCGACGUCAAGUCGAGAGGUUAGCAGUUUCCUUGAACGACAGCCUUAUCAUGUCAGAAAUAAUUAUGACUUGCUCUGCCAAGCAUUAAUCGAAGAGUUUUCUGACCAUUUGACCCAGACAGGCCUUUCUGCUGCUCUGUCUGUCAAACAAGGGAGAUCAGAAUCUCCCCAACAGUAUUACAACCGCUUACGCGAAGCUUACUUUGGUUUCCGAAAUGAACCAGAAAUGGAGGAGGACUUGAACUUCAAAACGCUGUUCGUCCAGAACCUCCACCCUACCACCAGUCAUCACCUUGGCGUCUUAGCUUGUCCAAACACUUUGACUAGCCGACAGCUUCGUGAACUUGCUGUAAAAGGUUUUGCCAAACAACGACAAACUUUGGCUAAGAAAGCAGAGCCCGUUACUCUCUUGGCUAUGGAGACAAAAUCACUGCCCGUGGAGCUGAACGAAGCUUCAGACUGUGUAUUUUCAGGCUCCGAUAAGCCUCCAAAUGAGUGGUUAACCAGGCCUCCAAAACCUUUUCGACCUCAACAAACUCACAAAGGUCAAAGUUACACACCAAGGCCCAGGUCUGACACAGACCAAUGCCAGGUAAACUUUGAGACCAACUGUUGUUAUUCAGACUCCCGUCACGAUGGGUUUUAUCCCAGACAAAGGAAAAACCAUCGACACCGCCAAAGGGGGGUGAAUGACCGGCAGAAUCAGAGUAAAUCACACUCUCAGAAACGACGAUCUUAUUAUCCACCUCAAUCGGUUUCAUCCACUUUGAAGGUGAAUAAACAUGACUACUCAGCUAACCACUGAGAUUAACACUGCGGAGCCAUGAAGGUGUGAGUCCUGCGAAAGCAGAAGUCACCUAGCCAAAGCUAAAUGACUCCAAUAAGAUAUCCAAAUGCUGUGGUGAUACAUUGAUGACUGCAAUCCCAGUUGCUGCUUUCUUUGUUAGCAUUUGUCUCUCCUCUGUCAAUAUGGUCAGCUUGUCAGCUGUCAAAUAUCCCAUGAAUAGAUUAAAACCUGAAAUUUCUGUCAUUAAGACUCAGAUUGACAAAUUUCAGACUCAACAGCAGAUAAUUAGUCAAACCGAUAAGAGCAUCAUCCCCAAGUUUAACAGACAAAGUUUAAGAGAAACUCUGUGCAGUAAACUUUUGAUGUUUGUGAUUCAGGUUGACUAUGCUCAUACACAGAUGGUUAAUAUGUCUAUAGCAGACAUUUCUUUUCCACCUAAGUCUUAACCAUUUUUGAAACUGAAAUUGAACUUUCAGACUUCUCCAGCAAGCAUGAAAAACAGCUAUAGCUUUAGAUCCAGUUAGCAUUCAGACUAGAGUGCUUUUCUAAAUCUCAUUAAUACUGAAAAUUUGGAGAUUUUCUUUCACAUUAGUCUACCAAUAGUUAACUGAGAAAAGUCUAACACCUAGACGAUUUUAUUUGAUAGCUUAAUGCAUGCUUAAUUUUAUCUCAAAGCAGUACUAGUGAUUCACAUAGUGAUGACGAGACGCAUCAGUCCUAUUUGCAUACACCUGCUGCUGCUUCAUGGUUGUCUACUCGUCGUCCCGAUGCUCCAUGGACAGGACCACCGUGACGAAGGGGGGACUGUAGCAAUCAAGACAACCCUGGAUGUGAAACCCACACAUUCCUUACAGGAAAGUUUCCUUAUCUGGUCCCAGGAAACAGGAUAUAAAUCUUUCCAGACGUGUUUGCACUUUCAGGUUAAAUAAGUGACCCAACCGGAGGUUGACUAAACCUCUGACUCUUCAGGAUUGGUCAGUUCGGCGAACAGAGACAGAGUUUUUAUUACCUUUCAAACUGACUCCAUUUGCUGACCAUCUAAAUAAACAUUAACGUCUUAACCCAGAUCUCCCAUUUGAGAUUUAGCGUCUUAAAGUGUGUGGACAUACGGUCCCUAGGAUAAGGGGGGACACUGACCUCCAGACCUCGGUCGUAAAACCCUGCUCGACCAUGCACUGAUAAAGACUACAUUCCUUUGGUGAAAGAAUACAAAUGACUGAUCCUGACAUCUUAUGCAUUCAGCAAUGUACUAAUCUGUCUAAUCAUGAAAUUUGUGUUAAAAUGAGAUGUUUCCCGUUUUUCUAUGUGCUCCAGAAGCCGAGUUAUCGCUCUUUAGUUUCUUUAGACCAACAGCUUUUCAGACUGUUUCAUGAACUUUUAAGAGUUAAAUUUAUUGACUAUGGAUCAUAACUUAACUCUAGGUAACAGAAAUAGUUUAGAAAUGUUUGGUUUAUAUUUUAGUUGUUUAUUUAGUGUUUUUAACCAUUAGGUGGUUAUAAUGUCAUUGAAUAAUCUGAAUAUGAGUAUUUAGAAUCCAUUAUUAAUCAUGAAGUUCAUUCACAUGUAUUUACUCUUUUGGUUGUUCACAGUUUCCAUGUGUUACUAUCUGUUUCAUUUCAGAGUAAUUUAGCAUGUUCAAUGUGAUACUUAAAACAUAAUGAGAAUGUUUGACGUGAUCCUACACUUCAUUCAUAUGUGUUUAGUAUCAAAUUAUUUAUCAUGAAACCAAACAUUCAAUGAUAUUAAUCAUAGUGAGUGAGUAUCAGAUCUGACUCUUUUGCCAGCCAAAAGAAUAAGUUAGAUCAAAUAAUCAGAGACCACACGACCCCUCCUCUGUCUCCUCACACCCACACGCCGGAGACACACCCAGUGUGAGAAGAUAAAACCAGUGAAGUGGGGUUGCUCACUCUCUUGUCCAUCUCUAUUCUCUCUUAUUCCUCUUAUGCUUCUGCUCUUCUGCUGACUCUCUUGUCCCCGGCUCUUAUGCCCCUUCUCUUCUGUCCACACCCUUCUGUGGUGCGUUUCUUUGUUUUCUCUUAGAACUUUUUCUUAGUCUUCUAAGUUUUACGCCACGUGUUGAUUCACGUUGAUUUUUCUUUAACAUCGUCUUAGUUCAAGUUUUGAAACUUCAACUUUUUGUGCACAUAGCAAUUCAAGAUUAAGCCUUUGAUUGAUUUUCUUUAAUUUCGCGAAGCCAUUUUUGAAAGUUUUCUCUGCUCUUCGAGCCUCGUUUUUCUGAGUUUUCUGCGUGAUUUCAAAGUCACCUCCGAACGCAAUCCAACAGGCCCAGGUCAUCCUCUGUGCCAGAGUUUUGAGUGAGACUAAAGAAGUACCCAAACGAGCAUCCACAGGAUCCACAGGCGCUGGUUUUUGCUUCGGGCCCGAGUGCUGCAACUCCUGGCUCAUCCUUCGGCUGACUUCAGUCGUCUUCUGAGCUGAACCGCUCGAACCGCCAGUAGCCCGGACCUUCGGAACCUGCUCCAUCUUCUCCAAGGACCAGUCUCACUUAAGUAUGCAAACCUCCAGAGCUCUAAAGAGGGCUGAUGCUGUCUCACGCGUUCAUAACUCAGAUAUCCACCUAUUUCUGGUGAGCUUAGAUUCCUCCAAAUCUACACCCGAGUUUAUCUCGACACCAAAGUUAGUGUAGGUUAAUAUGUUAGCGCAUAUUCACUCACUAUCAUUAACUUUAGUGCUCCUAGCCUGACUCAGAAUCUUGAUUUAUUCACCUAUUAUUAUCUAUCUUCAUUAUCUUAUCAUCAUUUAUUGCAUGUGUGUUGUACCAUCAUUUAUCCUGUAAUAAACAGAUCAUUAUUUUUCUAAGUUCCUGUCUGUUAGUGUUCUUCCAGAAGUGGAGUCCCUGAAAUUAGAAUUUCGACUUAAGAUAUGAGACUGAUUAAUUAAGACUGAUUAAUUAAGACUGAUUAAUUAAAACUGACUUGAUGUUUGAUUUCUGAAUUAAACUUUUUUCUUUAUUUUCCCACCAUUAAGGGUGGGUGGUGCCCCUUUUAACGAGUGCAUAAAUGUCAUAAUUUGAGAUUAUUAAUCUUCAGACAUUUAUUAUAAAUUCCAAUCGCUGCAGUAUUAUUUUGGUGCGGCCUUGUGAGGCUCAUUUCAAAUCGCUACAUAUAUUUUGGUGCGACCGUAUGAGGCUCAUUUCAAAUCACUACAAAUUGCACAAACUGAUCAUUACAGUAGCUAUUUAGCUGUUUUUGCCCAGCAUCAGCAUUGUCCAUGAGUAGCUAUAAAUGACUGCAGGUAUUCAAUGUUGAUCACUGCUGUCUACCUUCAGCUCAAAGAGUCUAAUGUGGGUUGCGAUGAUUUUUCUUUUGUCAUUGGGUGAGAAACUUUGUCACAAGUUUUGUAAUAGCAUAAUUAACAUGAUUUAGCGCUUGCUAAUGGUGCAUAUGCAUGAAAAAGCAACAGUAGUUAGCUUUUCAGUGACCAGCAAAUAGAGGUAUUAUUAUUCAUUGACACUGUCAGCAUAAAACAAUGAAAAAUUAGCUGCAUGUUUUUAUGCUCUGCAUGAAAACAUGAUAUUGUUUUCAGGCACUGACUUUCAAAGGAGUGAGACAUCAGACAGUUUUACUAUCUGUGCUGAAAAUGGCAAAUGGGAAACAGUGAUUCGGAGGCCAGGGGUUAACAAAAUGUAGCAAAAUGAAUUAGUGAGGAGUGAGACUUGUUGUGUCUGUACAAAUUUUACAGAGUGUGACACAUGCAAAUGUGGACACAGUCAAUCAAUGAGGAAGUUACAGAUAAACAAAACACACCACACCUUCAUGUCUGGAAAUGUCCAAACCCAGAGAGCAGUUUGUCUUCAGCGCAGCGAAGAAAAGUGCUGCCUACAAGAUCUGUAGACUGGAGGUUGAUUUUCAUGGGAGCACAUCAUGUCAAUAAUACAUGGGUGUUUGAAGAGAAAGCACGCUGGCAAUCUCUCUAAAACAUGAACUGCGAAAGUCAGGAUGAGAACAUUUGAACUAUUGGAUGAGGGAUAUUAUGGCCAUGGAUUUUGCCAUUUUGACACAGUCAGACAAAGCUAAGCAAGCUUUCAGCUAGCCCUGUGAAAACAUAAAUAUAAUAUAUAACAGCAAUAUGGAUUUGUUCUGAUUCAGGAGGGACAUGUUACAAAUGCAGGUAUUGUGGAAAAGACAAAAACAGAUAGGCUUUUAUUUGAUCAAAUCAAACUUAGCACAGACCAGAUUCCCGUUUCUUUUUCUCUUUAGUGUCAGAAUAAAGUUUGAGGAACUUGAACCUGACUAAACAUUGUAGACAGUAUCUUGAGGGUGAGAGGGUGAACGCUGUCAUGCCUUGAUAUGCCUUCUAUCCAAUCCACCAAAGCAGAGCAGAGAGGAGGUUCAAAGGGAGGUACAUGACAGCGGCCUCAUUUGAUGUGGAUGGCAUUUGCACUCCAGUGUGUAUCUUAAAAGGUUCCAAAGCUGAGUCCUUUAUUGUGUGUUUACAUGCUCCUACUAUGCUCCAUGUUCAGGUGCAUCUGUGCAGUUAGUAACUCAGCAGCUUAAUGUCUCUUUUGUAAGCCCUGUGGAGAGGUCUCAAAGCAAUAUCAAUUAUUUUGUGGGCUCUGCUGUUGACCGUUUAAAUGUUUGUCACAUGAGAAAUUCCCAGAAAAAUAAAACAAGGAAUAGACCCGAACAUACAAAAGAUGUAUUUCUUUUGUUAUAGCAUGUACAGACUGAGAGGAGAAUGACAGGAUUCAAAGAGCAUCACCACCGGCUCCAUCCUGGAACAAUAAGUGCCUAAAUAAUGGAGGUGCUUUUCAUUAAAUGAAUGAGUUGUGUCAGGCAUAUACAUAAAGCAUUAAAGAGCGUCUGUGGUUAUAAAUGGACUGGAGGUGCUGCCUGUGAGACGGUUAGGAGAUAAAAUCUUUGCUGACUCGCUGGAACUACACGGCUCCUCUUCUUGAUGCGUCCUUGUCUUUGUUUCUCCUGCUUAUCUGUUCAUGUUAUUGAGUCAUGUCGGUCAUUAUCACAUGUAAACACUGUGAUUUGGACAAACCUAUUUUAAAUGUUUUUUGGUCUCUCUCUCUCUUCCACUCUCUCUCUGUUGCCCCACCCUGCUCCUCUUCUUCUCUGUUCUUGCUCCUUCUUGAACACAUUUACCUUCUCCUCUUCAUUAGACUCAGAAUGUGAUGUACGACUUAGUGUCAGAGCUGCAGGAGCGCAGUGAGGAGCUGGACAAGCGCAUCGGCACACUGGAGGACAAGCUGGACUCGGUGACAGGCAGCCUGCAGGCGCUGCCUUGCCUCAUCUCCCAAGCCAUAACCCAGCAGCAGCAGGACUUCUUGGACGGCUUUGUCCACCGUUUCCGGCCCGCGUCGCUAGCCUCGGAGCGCUCUGAACGCUCGGAGCGAUCCUGGACUUCCACCGCCCGUCGGCGGCGCUCUCCCUCUACAGCACCACACACCUCCUCUGAUAGCGGAUAACCUUGACAGAGCAUUUGCAAUCACCUUUGACCCCCAACAACCAAACCAACGCCACACCUCAUCCAAAGCCGUCACUGUAACUGCUGGCUGAGUCCAUCCCGAGACUUCUAAGGAACCCAUAUCCUGACCCCUGACCUGAUCCUUGACCUGAUGGUCUGCCUCACACCCAAUCCCCCUCCUCUCCACACAACAUCAAAUCCAAAAACCAAUUCCUCUGUGACUGAGCAUCUCAGCACAGGACUGGAUCAGAGCUACUCCAAAAGAACAAAGAAAAGCAAAUAGACUGACGACAAGAAAAAACAAAUGCAUCCAAAAAAAAAAAACAACAAAAAGAGAAAAAAAAAAACGUUAAAAUGACUGAAAAACCGAGAUAAAGUAGAGAUAUGGUUUAUGUUUUAGCCAUUGUAUGGCUGUUCAAGUUAGCUUUUUUGUAAAAGCCCUUGUAUAGUUAAAAAUGACUGAGUUCAGGGUCGCUGGGGUGAGAGCUGGCUAUCACACCGGAGAGUCCUUAAACGUGAAGGGGGAAGUUGGUCUGUGCAGCUGAGGGCCUCGACCCAACUGCUGGCCCUGUGUGGCCAUGGAGGACAUCCAUCCACACAUGCAUCUGCUGAGGUGCUGGUAUGAGGAGGAGGAGGGCGAGACAAACCACUGGAUGUUCCUACAGAGACUAGUGUCAUGGAUUCUUUCUCCAAGCUUUGGGUGAAAGCUCUGACUUCAGGUCAGUAAAUGAAAAGGAGAUUAAUGUGGAGGGAACUUUCCCAAGAAAGACCAAGAAUGCAAAUGACGUAUCUCCUGGUUAGGGAAAAUUUACACAGUUGCCAACUUCAAGGUUUCAGCUUCCUUGUUCUUACCAAGGGAAAAUGAGAGCGACUAUCUUUUUUAGUUACAUAUUGACAUGUGAUUUUUCAGUGCCUGAAUGUAUAAAUAGUAGAGGGUUAUUUAAUUACUAAUUUCAGAGCUUUUUUACGAUGUUAACAGUCUGAAUACAGCAUUGCAUUCCUUUUUCAGAUACAUUCCUCUCCAAAAAUUUAAAGAAAAUGUCUUAAUAGAAUGCAUAACAUUGCCUCCAUUACACAGCAACUCUAAAUGUUUUCAAACCUUUUUUUCCUAUUUCUACUAACACUUAGAAAAAUGAAAAGGUUCAGAGAGACAGAGAGAAAACGUGAGAGUAUGUGUCUGUAUGUUUGUCAAGGAAAGAGCUCACUGUUAGCUUCUACACAUAACAAUGAAAUAUGUAGUCUACCUUCCUCACUACCACUACUUCAAGCUUCCUGUGGUUUUUAGAGUAUGACGUGGCUGGAGGUCAGUUGCUAUAAACAGCCUCACAUCACCAGUCCGACUGAGAAACUUGCCCUGUCCCUUUGCAUGGUUCUCUGCAAAAAUGACAAUGGAUCACAAUCUUCCUUGAAUGGCUUGAUGAUUUGACAUGGUUUACUUGAUUUUGAUUUUAUCAUGUUUAAUUUUGUUUGUUUGCUGCCUUUCUUUUGCUAUUUUUUACUAAAAAAUCUCCUUUUUUUACUAGGAUCUUAGAGUUUUUAGAGUUGCAGUACCUAGAGAGUUGCAGUAAUGUGAUUCUGUAAUGCAUUCCCUGUUUAAAACAUGAGGUAAAGAAAAUCGCUACUUCAAAAGAUGAAAGGAUACAAAUAAAAGUGCUAAAGAAACUUUGAUGAAUUAGUUUUCCCUUCAAAAAUUAAAGGACUAGUUUUGAUAUUUCAGCAAUACACCUCUUAGAUGAGAAAAUGUCACCAACUUCAUGCCUUCGCACAAUAAAGUCACCCUACAACUAGCAGCUGCGUGGCCCUGCUUAGCAUGUGGACUGGAAACACGGGGCAACAGACAGUCACGUCCAGGACAUUUUGACCAUUUAAUGAUUUGUCAUUUAUUUGGAAAACAAAGUUCCUGAAAUCUCAGGAGGCAGCCUCGCAGGCCGUGUCUGAAACUGCAAACUAUCAUACUAUUCAUAUUAAGUAAAGCAUCAUAUUGAGUAUGUCGUACCUACAGCUGUCACAAUACCAGGUCUUUACCUCACCAUUAUCACGGUCGUAAAAUAUCCUGUAACAUCAUUAUCACCAUGUCUUGUGAAAAACUUUAAAUUUAAAACAGCACCGUCAUAAAAAUUGAGAAAAGGCAAGGCUAGGGUUGAACAGUAUAAUAUUUAUGUUCAUAAUAUCACAUCUCUAUAAAGUUUACCCAUAGAGGCAUCUAACUCACAUGUUAUUUAUUUCUAAUUCUAUUCAAAUUGAUGAUUUAUCCACAUCUUAGACUGUGUGACUGAAACUUCCUCAGAGAGAUAAGACUGCAUACUAAAAUUACCGUUCAGUAUGCUUUUAUUUUGAAAUGUUCCUAUCUUACAUUUAGGUUACCUUUAUUUUGAAAGGACAGUGAAAACAGUCAAAAGAACACUUAAGAAGUAUAAAAGUUCGAUGAAUUAGUAACCUGAAGAGACACAAACACCAAUGUUGCAUUUGGAUUCAUGAAAAGUCAUAUAAUCUUGUUUUUUAAAAGUGCUGAAUCAUCUCUCAGAGCUGCUUCAAGCUAGUUUACAGGCAGUCUGCUUCUUCUUCUUUGUCUUCUCUCUGUUUUAUGACGUGUGGGAACCAGCGUAAAGGACCUCAGCUAUGGACUCACAGUAUAACCCUCUGCUUGUCAUUAGCAGGAUAUUAAUAUUUCAUACUUUAUUAUAGACAAACACCAUCAAUACUGUGACAGCACUAGUUAUAACCUGAAUUCACAUCAUGCAAUUUUAUGUAUAUCAGCGCUGGAAACGUGUACUUGAUUGGAAAGAUUUUGUAAGUGUAGGACAAGAGCUCACUAGUCAUACAAGAAGGCUCUAUGAACCAAUCAAUCUCUCGAGCCAGCUGCAAGAGACUUACAAAUCUGAGUUUUCAUUUUCUAACUGGUCACAAAUAUUUUCUGAUCACUAUAUAGCUGUGACAAACAUUUGCACAUGUCUGUAGAAUUCUGCACAUAGUUUGAGCGGUGUAGCAGCUUUGCCAACAUAGUUCAGACUGGAGAUGUGUAAAGGAUGAAGUCAUAUGGGAGGCUAGCCUUUGUAUGCUGUUAUCGACAAAGUAACUAUCAAGCUAGCAACGAGUAAGCAGUUCAAACUGUUAGUUUAAUGUUUCAGACACAGCCACUUUCAACUGAAUUUUACAUAGAACUUUUUAAUAUUGAAAAAGUGAUGAUUUAUUGGUUACUGGAGAUUUGCACCAUUAUACAGUCAACUUUUAUCAACUUUAUUUACAGAGCUAGCUUAGUUUGGUCCUUUAUUUGGUCUAAGCAAGGCUAAACAGCUGCUAGCUUUUGCUUCAUACAGAUAUAAGACUGAGAUAAAAGAAAGCGAGUAUGCAUAUGUCCUGAAAUGUUCAACUAUUGAAUUAUCAUUACAAUAUCAAGCCAGUUUGUCUUUCUAUAGAACAAUUCACAUUCAAAUCAAAAGAAGAAAACUUAACAUGUAAAUCUAAAAUCUAAGUUAUGGUGUUUAACACAUCCUAGAGUUUUAAUGACUGUUCAAUUUGAAGAAAAAUGUUUUGAGUCUGAAGAGUAGCUGUUUUUAAAAACCAACGACAAGGUACUUAAGAGUUUAGCAAGAGAAACAUGCCUGUUUUUUUGGCUCAGCUGUUUAAAGUUGAAAAAAUGUCCUAAUGGACACUUGCAGCAAAAAGUUUUAAAAAAACAUCAAAUAUCCCCCACACCGUUGAGAAACGCCUCGAACUGCAAACAAGUCAGAAUCUGUUAACCAGUGAAACACCCCGAUGUUCAUACUCAGUGGCACCAACCCACAACAAUAACCUGAAUGUGGAGGCAAGAAACUUUUUAGCUGAAUACAUCAGAUUUAUUCUUCACCCACUGAAUCCACCAAACCUCUUGUUUUCACAAGCACCACCCUUGGCUAGCAUGCUACCAUGCAAAGCAGUUUGACUUGUUAAUAAUGCGUCUAGUAAAACGUUAGUGCUAAAAGAAAAAAAUCUUCAAGGCAAACAGGCGAUGCGGUCAAUUUGAGUUUCUGAGUGAAAAUAUUUCUGCUCUGGGCUUGAUAGGUCUAAAGCAAACCCAGUAAGACAGUGACCAAGUCCACUUUCAUGCAGGCUUUACCAUGGCCAGAGAGCACUUCAUGUAAGAACAUAUUCAUUUUUUUAUGAGUGGGACUUAAUCAAGCAUGAGUUCAAGCUUUUUUUUCCUUUCAGCUUGAGUUGAUGAAGCAUGUCUCUUUACUGCCCCCACCUCCCACCACUUCUCAAACAGUGCCACGUCCUUCCCCCAUCUUUGAGUAUGAAAGGGCCCAUCGUGCCAUUACAGUCUCUGUUUCAAUCAGUGUCAUCCAAGGAGUAAGGACGGCUAAUAGAAGAUUAUCUGCUUGAUUACAACCUCACCUGCCUGUUCAAAUCUAAGGUUCCACCUCUUCAUUACAUUGAAGGUUUUUAGCCUCUUGCCUGUCAUCUGUCAUCAUUAAGAGCACCGGUCCCCCAUUACAAAGUGGCUUCCCAAAUGGCCCACAGUGAAGACCUUUGAGUGCUUCAAAUAAAAAAAGAGGAGGGAAGCCCCAGGUCAUGUUCCAAGUUGCACUCAGAGUGUAAUAUUCAGUUACACGACAAAGUAUCACAGAUGCUGGAGUGUCUUCCCCAGAGAGAUGGUGUUAAGGACUUCAUCCUUCACCUGGCAGCAGGAAUGAGGGAAAGAGUAGAUUGGAGAAAAGAGUCAAAUGAGAGCGAUAGCUCAUUUACUGACAGAUGUCGUUUUGGCCCAGGGGGGGUUGUUAGCAGCGAGAGAGGGUGUCCUGUAAAUAUGACCUCAUUGUAGAUGUCACAAAGUAAACGGGACAAAUGGUGAACCACAGGGGGGAGGGUGUCUGGGUUCAAAGCACAGUAUGUUAAAAGUUUGCAGUCGAAAAACAAUUCAGAGAUGAGAGAAAAGACCUCAGAUUCUAGCAAAGGGUUGAAUAAAUUUGAUUAUUUUUUCAAUGCUAUGAUCAGAUUCUGUUGGUUUUUUCCACCUUGUUGUAGAGGUUUGUUUUCUCUUUUCCUGCCACCAACACAAAGUCCUGCCAAACAUCAUUCCAAUAUUUAAUAGUGAUCCGAUAUUUUCCCCCAUUAGGUAAAAAAAAAAAAAAGUAUUUUGUAGUGAAGUGAGGGAAACUCAUGAUGUAAUAGCAAUGAUGGUAGAUGAGUCCCUGAUUUUUUUGAUUAUCCUGAAAAGUAGGCUUUCCUCAUAGAGCAGGAAUCAGACCACAUUUCUACAGAACAAAAACAAAGUGAAAACCCCUUCAAGAGAUGUACCCCAGUCAUUGUUCUGUGUACACUGCCACAUGAUGCAUAAUGUACGUAGUAGCACUGGAAUAAACCAACUUUUAAUGGAUGGCAAAUGGGUUAAACAUGUUCUCUGUAUGCUGUUGCUGUUCCUUCAUUUUGCAGGUGAACUUUUGUCCUAGCAAGGAGAGACACCAAGGUCCAAUCAUUAAAGACUAUCUUCAGCUAUGAACACAACUCUCUUUUUUUCUCCUUCUUUCUGGCAGCUCUAGACUAACUUCUUAUAAUUUUGCCCCAUUAAAUCAACAAAAUGGCAGUCCAAACUCCUGCCAAAGCGUGUCCUCCAAUCUGAAACUCCUUCUCAUAAGGUCCACCCGAAGGACAAAGGAAAGGCAGCCACCCUGAGCCAAGUGUGACACUGAGAGGUUGGUUGGCACAUGUGUUGACGGAUACAGACAUCACACGUCUCUUCCUGUAAAAUUGUGAGGCGGGGACAUUCUAAAACAUGAUUACAGGAGGAUGUAUUGACAGAAACAUAAACACUGCUCCAGAGGACACACAGCUGCUGAGGCGCUGUUCCAAGGUGAACUAUGGGCUGCACACACAUAUACAAACACAUGCAAAACACACAUACACACACACACACACACACACAGCCAUUAAUGCUGAAAUAACAAGCUACUAUUCAUGUCCACAUGCACAAACAAGGCUCAGCCUGGUUAAUUACAGCCAAAUCAGGAGGGAGUUGGCAGCAGACCCAGAUCCAAGAGUGGCAGAGUCAGUCACCCUCUAGUUGUAGCUGUAUAACCCCACAGACUCACAGCAGGGAAAUACACAGCUCCCUUUCUCCCACAUGACUACAGCAUGGUCAAAUCAAAUCCUUUUUAGUGUCUAAAGCAGCAUAACUUUAAGCUUCAACGACCACUUAUAAGCCAAUAACAUGUCUCAUUGUGCAGAACUUUUGAAUCAGAUCCAGUAUAGCAGGAAUUGAAUGUUCUAGGCAGGUUAGCUUUGUUUUAUUUCAACCACAAGAAUAACCAAAGUAAGUGAAGUAUGUGUGAGUUCAUGUUCGAAAGAUGAUUCGUGAUUGCAAACCUGCAACCUGCAUUAUUUGUCCAAAUUUAUGCUUCACACUGACAAACAUUCAGGCCAAGUGGAACUUAGUGUCUUGCAGUGCAUCUUUCUCCUGUACAGCAUUAUCAAAUUCAACCUUUUUUCUUUCCAUAUGGUGAGGAUAAUUUAUCAUUCAAAACAUGCGCCACAAUCCAGGAAACAUUAUUACUGCUGGACUGUAUCAGUAGUCUCUGUAAUGUCAUCUGUUAGUUCCUGCAAAGCCAUUAUCAAGCCUAACAAUGGCAGCAGUUGCCAUAUUGAAAUGCUGACUUUGUGGUCAACUGAAAAACAGGAGUGGAGAUGGGCCUCAAGCCUCUUUGCAAACAAGGACAAUACACCCACCUGACAGUCAUAUUACCUCUUCUUUUAACUGUGUUUUCUGCUGUAAAGUUGGACAUAUAAACACAGGCCCUGAUUGGUUAUUCAAGUGCACUGACAGUUGAUAAUUCAACCUCCAUGUUGCCAUAUAGACGGUCGUAAAAAAAAAAAAAAAAGAAUAAAAUCCAUUUUUCACCAUUUAGCAUCUUAAAUACUGGAAAUAACCACAAUGUAGCUGAAUAAAAUCUUGUGUUUUUGUCAUUUGAUGUACAAUAUUGAUCAUUUUUAAUUACUAAUAUGCAAUGAUAGACCUGUUGAAUGGUUCCAAAAUGAGUAAAAUACACAUGUUUAUUCCUGCUUUUAAAAUUUAAUGCAAGCAGUUUGCAAUCCUGCUUGCAGCCUAAAAUAAAUGCGAUCAUUGCAAGUCAUGGGUCCACUGUCAGCAAGCAAUCUGACUCACCUCACCUCUGUCCGUCACACUUAUGAAAACUUAGUUGUCUUUUUAAACGGCACUACACAGGGUUUAUUUAAUCAAUUGUUUGCAACUGUUUCCUAUUAUUUUAUAAAUAUAAUCAUCUAAAGCAGAAAGGGUGAUAAAGUCAAGCCACGAGUUUAUUUAACUAUGCCAACAGUUUAAAAAAAACUCAGUUCCAGCAUCAUCAACCUAGAAAAUUAGUGUCAAUGGGCUUAUGUACCCCUAGACCAACAAAAAAAGUCUGAUUGUUUGUCAUUUCCCUUAGGCUAACAUAAGAUUAAGGAUAUAAUCCAAUCCACCUCAUCUUUGGUAAACACAUAGAAGAAACCUGACAAAACCAUCAGCCCCUGUAAUAAAGUCAAAGAGCUUGGCCAUGACCGUUUGUCAAAGAUGGACAUCUGAACUACAGAGGGUUUUUUUAGCCACUAUCUUGGAUAUCACUUGGAUCAUUUCUCCAACAGGAUUGAUCCAAUCCACUUGAAUCAUUUCUCCAGCCAGAAGGCAUGUUAAAAAGAAAUGUUUUUUAGGUUGUGCACAAUAUCAUGGAGGGUUGUCUUACUAUAUUGUCCGAUGAAAAAAUAUAAGGUUACUGUAACUUAAACAUAAAAGGUCAAGACUGCCUAAACUUUACCUUAAGAUAAAAAUUCUGUUCUGAACGCAUCAUCACACCAAUUGGAUCCAUCAUGACUGUCCUUUCAACAGUGGCCAACAGGGGUCAAUGAUCUACAACUGACCGAACACUCUUCUUUAGGGGGAACGCACAGUAAAUGCAGAAACGACACAGCCUCAAAAGCAAAUGCGAA